GAGAACGCUACGGGACCUCCCGCCGCCGCGGCGAACUCACCGCUCACACUUCGCUUUCGACCGACGUCUUGCAGUUAUCGAUCUAACUGGCUCGGGGAUCCUUUUCCACCAUGACUUGACUUCUGCUAUCUGAAGCCGUGGCAGGCAUUUCACAAGGAGAACUAUUUAUUAAUUUUUUGAUAUUGUUCACCGCGUGGACAGAUCAUAGCGGUUGAUCUGUCGCGGACUAUAUAAACAGAAAGUUCUUUUUUUUUUUUAAUUUUAAAGAUAACGUGAUUGCAUUUGCUAGCUCGAUAUUUAUUUUUUCUCCCUCGCGUGGCUAUCUCCCCCUUCCUGUUCGUGUGUUGUGUGUUUUAACAAUCAAUUAUUUUUUUUUGUAAUCCGCGCUCUUGUGAGGUAAUUCGAAAUAAACAUAUUCUCAAACUAAGCGACAAUGCAGCGCCAACAGCAGCAGCAGCAGCAGCAGCAGAUGCAGCAGCAGCAGCAGACGACGCAACAGACGCAGCAAACGCAGCAAAGUCGCGUGGAGCAACGCGUCACGCGCCAAGUGACCAGCAGCGAACAGAGAGUACAAGGAGGAUAUGUGGUACAGUCUCAGCCCAUGUUUGGAGGUAGACCCGGAGACAUCUCCCCUCCCGAAUUCGAACAGAUUUUCCGAAAUGCCCGCUUUGCACAGGGUGGCGAUGCCCUCUUUGAGGGCAAAGUCAAAGGAAAUCCGAAACCUACAGUUUCGUGGACCAGAAAGGGAGCUCCUCUUCAUGAGUCGAACAAGUACAAGAUGAAGUACGAAGAACAGACCGGCAAAGUCACUCUCUUGAUCAACACGAUUGGUCCCGGGGACGAGGGGGAGUACACCUGCAUGGCCCGGAACCAGUACGGCGAGGCUAUAUGCUCCGUGUACAUCCAGCCAGAAGGUUUCGGCCAGAUCCCGCAGCAGCCGCAGGGCGGCUUCACCAGGGACUACUCCUCGCAGUUCCAGUCCACGCAGCAGAACGUGUCGGGCACGCAGACCUUCCAGAGCGUGCAGAAGCACACGGACCAGGUCACCUACGCCAACGGCCACACAGUCGAGGAGGACUUUAAGGUGGACACUUUCGAAUACCGUCUGCUACGCGAGGUGGAAUUCCGGGAAUCACUGACCCGCCGCUACACGUCGGAGAUGGACAUACGCAUCUCGACCACGGUCGACCGGUCGCUGGGACCGAUCGCUGCGCCCCAAGUCGGCCAGAAGCCCCGGAACACGAAGCUCGUCGAAGGUUCCGAUGCCACAUUCCAGGCAAAGAUUUCUGGAAAUCCUAAGCCAAGGAUGACCUGGUUCAGAAAUGGUCAGAGGAUAGUCAACUCCCAGAAAUACAAUACUUCCUACUCGAAUCAGAUAGCUUCCUUAAAAGUUGUGGCAGUGAAUUCGGAAGAUUCUGGCCACUACACAUUACUCGCUGAAAACCCACAAGGCUGUGUUGUGUCGUCUGCAUACUUAGCCGUUGAGCCCUCUCAGAUCCAAGACAAUUACUUCGACACCCAGAGGGAGUCAAGUUUGAAGUCCACGCGAGUAGAGAGCUCGACCACCGUAGAUUCCGCCGACGGGAAGACGCUGGCUCCCAACUUCGUGCGCGUGCCCGCCGACCGCGAGGUCACCGAGGGCAAGAUGACGCGGUUCGACUGCCGCGUCACCGGCCGCCCCUACCCGGACGUCACCUGGUACAUCAACGGCCAGCCGGUGGCCAACGACGCCACCCACAAGAUCCUCGUCAACGAGUCCGGGAACCACGCCCUCAUGAUCACCAACGUCAACCGAUUCGACAACGGCGUGGUCACCUGCGUCGCGCGCAACAAAACGGGAGAAACUUCUUUCCAGUGCAACUUGAAUGUGAUUGAGAAGGAGCAAGUGAUAGCCCCCAAAUUUGUGGAACGAUUCACCACAGUGAACGUGAAGGAAGGGGAGCCAGUGGUUCUCCACGCUAGAGCUGUUGGCACCCCUGUCCCACGAAUCAUAUGGCAGAAGGAUGGCGCACCGAUCGUGUCCGGUCCCGACGUGCGCAUCACGACCGACAGUGGAGCCUCGACGCUCGAUAUCCCGCGAGCCAAGGCGUCGGAUGCGGCCUGGUAUCAGUGCACCGCUCAAAAUGUCGCAGGCUCCACUGCCACCAGGGCGAGACUCUUUGUGGAGACUCCCAAAGAGUCGGCUCCCCAACCGUGGCGGCUCACCCUGCCGCGGCCGACCAAAGUUAUCGAGCCCGAGCUAGCUCCCGGCCCAGAGGUAAUAUACCUGCGCCACGUGGAGCGAGCCAAGCCCCAUGUACCGCAGGCGGAGGAGGACCGCAUUUACCCCCCUCCGCAGUUCAUCAUACCCCUGCACAACAUCCAGCAGGUGGAAGGCAACAGGGUUCACUUCGAGGCCCGAAUCGAACCGGUUGGGGACCCAACCAUGCAAGUGCAAUGGUUUGUCAAUGGCAGACCCCUUGAAGCGAGUUCCCGUGCUACGACGACCUUUCGUUUUGGCUUCAUAGCACUGGAUCUUAUCAGCAUAGUUCUAGAAGAUAGUGGAGAGUACGUCUGCCAGGUGACAAGCCAUUCCGGCUCAGUCGAGUCUCAAGCUCUUCUUAGUGUUACCGCUCGCACCGGCAUAGAGCAGACGAGCCAGCACCCGGACAGCCUCCAGUACAUCCAGCAGCUGGAGGACUACUCCCGGUACCAGCGCACCGAGAGCGUGGAGGAGUCCGCGUCCCAGCGACCCCAGUUCAUCCGGCCGCUCCGCGACUUGGGCGAGCUGCAGGAAGGGCGCAACGCCCACUUCGAGGCGCAGCUCACCCCGGUCAGUGACCCGACCAUGAGAGUGGAGUGGUACAAGGACGGAAAACCCAUCACAGCAAGUUCUCGAAUAACCACCAUCUUCAACUUCGGAUACGUCUCUUUGAACAUCAUGCACCUACGGGCUGAAGAUGCUGGAACUUACACCGUGAGAGCUGUGAAUCGCUUGGGCGAAGCACUCAGUACAUCCACGCUCAAAGUUUUCGCGCGCACCAGCGUGACGGGAGACCUGGGCAUCCCGGAGCAGCAGCGCUACAUCGAGAAGGUGGAGGAGCUGGAAGCGUACCAGCAGCAGCUGCACCGGAAGUACGUGCAGGAGGUGCCGGAGAGCACCAGCCCUCCCGAGUUCAAGUCCCCCAUCAGGGACCAGCUCGGCGUCCGCGAGGGCGGCUUCGCGCACUUCGAGGCGCGCCUGGAGCCCGUCGGCGACUCCACGCUGCGGGUCGAGUGGCUCAAGGACGGCCGCCCCGUCGAAGCGAGUUCCCGAAUCACGACGUUCUUCAACUUCGGUUACGUCGCACUGACCAUCAAGUACGUGACCACGCACGACGUGGGCGCGUACACGUGCCGGGCGUUCAACCAGCUGGGCCAGGCCACCACGUCGGCCCAGCUGACCGUCGUCAGCAAGAAGGACAUACUCGUCGACAGCCAGCACCCAGGCGGGCUGGAGAAGAUCCAGUACUUGGAGGACUCCAGUCGCUAUGGUCGCACCACCCAAGAAGAAACCACUGUGACUCAGAAGCCGAGGUUCUUGGGUCCUCUGAAAGGAACGAACAAGAUCGUUGAAGGACAGAGGGCGCAUUUCGAAGCUCGAGUCGAACCACUGAAUGAUUCCACGCUUCAGGUUGAGUGGUACUUCAACGGGAAGCUGAUCAUGACGGCCAACAGAAUCCAGACAUAUCACGACUUUGGCUAUGUUGCCCUCGACAUACUCAGCGUGCGUUCGGACGACGCAGGAAGCUACACAGUCGUAGCGAGGAACGCACUCGGCGAAGCGCAACUAUCAACGACCAUGGUGGUUGAAACUCGUUCGAGUAUCGACACGACCAGCAUGCAUCGCGCCACUUAUGAAAAGACUCAGCACUUGGAGGGUUCGAAAUUCGUGGAGCCCCAGUACCACAUCGAAGAAAUCUCGAAAUCAAGGCCGAUCUUCGUGCAACCUCUGUCCGACCCCAAACCCAUCAACGAAGGCAAGAACAUCCAUCUCGAGUGCCGCUUGGAGCCCAUGGGCGAUCCAACAAUGCGCGUGGAGUGGUUCCACAAUGGGAAGUCCAUCACAGUUGGUUCACGAUUCCGCACUUACUACGACUUCGGGUUCGUUGCGCUCGACAUAGUCCACGCGACAACCCUGGACUCUGGCGAGUACACGGUUCGCGCCACCAACCACCUGGGCAGCGCUCACACAUCGGCCGCUGUCAGGGUGAUCAGCCAGUCGGACAUCCUGACGGAGAGCCAGAACGAGACGGCGCUGGAGCAGAUCCAGUACCUGGAGGACUCUUCGCGCCACCGCCGCACGGUAGCCGAGGACGUCACGGUGGUGCAGCCGCCCCAGUUCACGCGGCCGCUGCACAACGUGCAGACCGUGGAGGGGACCAACAUCCACCUGGAGUGCCGGCUCCAGCCGGUGGGCGACCCCUCGCUCCGCGUCGACUGGUUCGUCAACGGCCGGCCCGUCGGCACAGGGCAUCGUUUCCGUCCUGCUCACGAGUUUGACUACGUGGCUCUCGACCUGCUGAGUGUUUACCCCGUGGAUUCCGGCGUCUACACCUGCCAGGCACGCAACCAGCUCGGCGAAGCCGUCACCUCCUGCUCGGUCAAGGUCAUCGCCAAGCGAGACUUGAUCCUGGAGUCGCAGCAUCCCUCCGGCCUGGAGAAGAUUCAGUACCUGGAGGACUCGUCCCGCUACAAGAAGACGGAGUACGUGGACGAGGUGGUGAACGUGAAGCCCCGGUUCGCGACGAAGCCCAAGGACUUGGGGAACCUCCGCGAGGGGCAGCACGCCCACUUCGAGUGCAAGCUGGAGCCGGUCACCGACCCCAACCUGAAGGUCGAGUGGUACAGGAACGGCCGGCCGAUCACCGUCGGCCACAGAUUCCGACCAAUCCAUGAUUUUGGCUACGUGGCACUGGACAUCAUAGACCUGAUUGCAGAAGACUCAGGGACGUACAUUUGCCGUGCGACAAACUUGGUCGGAUCUGCUGAAACGACAUGCACUUUAGAGUGCAGAAGCACGGCCCAGAUCCUGACGAACACCCAGAACGAGACGGGCCUGGAGCAGAUACAGUACCUGGAGGACCGCAGCCGGUACCAGCGCUCCGAGCACGUGGAGGAGACCACGACGCAGGCGCCCGUCUUCACCACCUCCCUCAAGAACAUCAGCAUCAAGGAAGGGACGCGGGCUCACUUCGAGUGCCGCCUGAUCCCGGUGUCCGACCCCACCAUGAAGGUGGAGUGGUUCCACAACAACGUUCCUUUGAAAUCAGGCUCGAGGUUCACGGAGACGAACAGCUUCGGCUUCGUGGCCUUGGACAUCCAGCACUGCCUGCCGGAGGACUCGGGCAGCUACACCUGCCGCGCCCGGAACAUCGUGGGGGAGGGCAUGACGUCCGGCAGCCUGCUGGUGCAGAGCAAGCAGUCCAUCUACCUGGAGUCGCAGCACGAGACGGCGCUGUCGCGCAUCAGCUACCUGGAGGACACGUCGCGCCACCAGCGCCAGGCCGUGCAGGAGGAGGCCGUGACGCAGGCGCCGGUCUUCACGCAGCCCAUGAAGGACCUGCGCUGCGCGGAGAACCAGGCCGUGCACUUCGAGGCGCGGCUCAUCCCGGUCGGCGACCCCAAGCUCAGGGUUGAGUGGCUCAGGAACGGAGUGCCGAUACAAGCAUCGAACCGUGUCACCACAAUGCACGACUUUGGCUACGUGGCACUCAACAUGAAGUACGUGUACCCAGAGGACUCUGGCACGUACACAUGCCGAGCCACCAACGAACUGGGAGAGGCUGUUACGUCGUCCACACUCAUCGUUCACUCGAAAGCGUCGCUGCUGCUGGAGUCGCAGCACGAGGGGGCGCUGCAGAAGCUGCACCAGCUGGAGGACUCGUCGCGCUACAGGCGGCGCGAGGAGGAGGAGGUCGUGGUGACCCAGGCCCCCCGCUUCACCGCCCAGCUCAACGGGCCGACCAGCCUGGUGGAGGCGCAGAGCGCCCACUACGAGUGCCGCAUCGAGCCGUACCCCGACCCCAACCUCAAGGUCGAGUGGUUCCACAACGGCGUCCCGCUGCAGACAGGCCACCGUUUCCGCACGACUUACGACUUUGGAUUCGCAGCGCUGGACGUCUUGUCCGUGUACCCAGAAGACUCUGGAGAGUACACAUGCAAGGCUACCAACAAGCUGGGGCAAGCCACAUCGUCCAUCAAGCUGAACGUAACUGGCCGCUCGGGCAUCAUCAGCGACACGCAGCACGAGGGCGCCCUGCAGAAGAUCCGGCACCUGGAGGACGACUCCCGCCGCCGGCGCACCGCCGAGGAGGAUGCAGCGGUGCUGGAGAAGCCGCAGUUCGGCCGGCCGCUCCACAACGUGCAGGACCUGCCCGAGGGCCUGGCCGCCCACCUCGAGGCCACGCUCACGCCCGUCAACGACCCCACCAUGAAGGUCGAGUGGUACUGCAACGGGCGGCCCAUCCCGCAAGGACAUCGUUUCAAGACAACUUACGAUUUUGGCUAUGUUGCUCUCGAUAUUUUGUAUGCAUAUGCUGAGGAUUCGGGAACAUACAUGUGCAAAGCAAGAAACGCAGUCGGCGAGGCGGUCACGACUUGCUCCGUCACUGUCGAUGCGAAAGCCGGCCUUUACAUGGACACGCUGGAUGCAGAGCGGCUGAGGAAGAUUCGCGAACUCGAAUCGUACGAGCGGCCACAGAAGGCCGAGAUUGAGCCUCAAGCUCAGAAGCCGGUGUUCAUCACACCGUUGAACAACUUGGAGAACUUGAAAGAGGGGGAGCACGCCCACCUGGAGUGCCGCGUGGAGCCCAUCAACGACCCGAACCUCAGGAUCGACUGGUUCGUGAACGGGGUCGCCAUCAAGACGGGCCACCGCUUCAGGACCACGCACGACUUCGGCUACGUGGCCCUCGACGUGCUGUACAGCUACGCCGAGGACUCGGGCACGUACAUGUGCAAGGCCACCAACCUGCUGGGAGAGGCCGUCAACACUUGCACCAUCAGAGUGGGCGCUCGACGCAGCAUCUACCUGGAGUCGCAGCAUCCGGAGGGCCUGGCGAAGAUCCAGGAGCUGGAGGCCCAGGGUCACCCGGCGAGACUCGAGGUCGAGGAGCCGGAACCCACCCCACCACGCUUCGUCACGGAACUGAGGGGUACCACGGAGGUCGUCGAGGGACAGACGGCCCAUUUCGAGGCCCAGGUGGAGCCCUUGCAUGACCCCAACCUCAGGAUAGAGUUCUACCACAACGGCAAGCCGCUGCCGUCCGCCUCCCGGUUCCACAUCACGUUCGACUUUGGCUACCUGGCGCUCGACAUCGGCCACGUGGUGCCGGAGGACGCCGGCGAGUACACGGCCAAGGCCAUCAACGCGCUCGGCCACUGCACGUCGUCCAUCAAGCUGAACGUGCAGGCCAAGGGCAGCAUCAUCCUGGAGUCGCAGCGCCCCGAGGGCCUGGAGAAGAUCCGGCUGCUGGAGGGCCAGGCGCCGUUCCAGCGCCCCGAGGCGCCCGAGCCGCAGACGAGGCAGCGGCCCGUGUUCACGCAGCCGCUCCAGAACAUAGACGCCGUGGCGGAGGGCCAGACCGCUCACUUCGAGUGCCGCCUCAUCCCCGUCGGCGACCCCACGCUCAAGGUCGAGUGGUUCAGGAACGAGAAGCCGCUGGAGACGAGCUCUCGCAUCACUCGCACCCACGACUUUGGCUUUGUUGCCCUCGACAUGACCCACGUGCGAGCGGACGACGACGGAGUUUACAUGUGCCGUGCGUCCAACCCGCUGGGCGAAGCAGUGACGACUGCAUCCAUGAAGAUAAGAACCAAGGCCAGCAUCCAGUUGGAGUCGCAGCACCCCGAGGGCAUGAAGAGGAUCCAGCAGCUGGAGGAGGGUCGUGGGCCCCACCGCCCCGAGGAGCCGGACCGGGUCUUCGAGAAGCCCAUCUUCACCCAGAUCCUGACGGGCCCGUCCGAGCUGUGGGAGGGGCAGCAUGCCCACUUCGAGUGCCGCGUGGUGCCCGUGGGCGACCCCUCGCUGCGCUUCGAGUGGUACGUCAACGGCGUGGAGCUCAAGCUGGGUUCUCGCUUCCGUGUCACUCACGACUUUGGAUUCGUCACGCUCGACAUCAGCUCGGUCGUGACGGAUGAUUCCGGCCUGUACAUGUGCAAAGCCAUCAACAAUUCUGGGGAAGCUGUCUCUUCGAUCACCUUCAAAGUGAAAGCCCGCAGCUCGAUCGUCGGGGAGCCGAUGCACCCCGAGGCGUGGCAGAAGAUCCAGCUGAAGGAGGCGGAGCUGAACCGCGUGCCGGAGAAGUUCGUGGACUCGACGCCGCAGCAGGCGCCCGUGUUCACCACGCACCUGGCCAGCCACGACAAGCUGGUGGAGGGCCAGAACGUGCACCUGGAGGCGCAGGUCGAGCCCCGCGCCGACCCCAACCUGCGGGUCGAGUGGUUCAAGAACGGGGUCAACCUCACCACCGGUACGCGCAUCAGAAGCACGUUCGACUUUGGCCUGGUGACGUUCAACAUCAACGGCCUGCGACCCGAUGACUCGGCCAUCUACACGUGCAAGGCUACCAACCUCCUGGGCGAGGCUGUGUCCACCUGCACGCUCAAGGUGGAAGAUCGCCACUGGCUGCUCGGGAACACGCUCCACCCCGAGGCACUGCCGGUGAUCGAGGCCCUGGAGGGCCCUCGGCCCGGCCGCCCGGAGGCCCCCGAGCCGGUGUUCGAGACCCCGGUGUUCAUCACGCACCUCAACAACGUCGAGUGCACCGAGGGCGACACGGUCCACUUCGAGUGCCGCGUCGAGCCCGCCAAGGACCCCACCCUCAAGAUAGAAUGGUUCGUGAACGGCAAGCCGCUGCCGACGGGGGCUCGCUUCAAGUCGACGUACGACUUCGGUUACGUCGCCCUGGACAUCACGCACUCCUACGCGGAGGACUCGGGCGUGUACAUGUGCAAGGCGACCAACAGCAAGGGCCAGGCCUCCACCUCGGGCACCCUGCGCUGCACAAGCAAGCAGGACAUCUACCUGGACACCCAGCACCCCCAGGGCAAGCUGGGGCUGCAGAAGGUGGAGGAGGCGGAGGGCGCCUACCUCUCCAAGUACCAGCGGCAGUCGUCCGGCCCCGAGGCCAGCUACCCCAAGCCGGUGUUCGUCGUGCCGCUGGAGCCGCAGUUCAAGCUGGGCGAGGCCCAGCCGCUGCACCUGGAGGCGCAGGUGGAGCCCAAGGAGGACCCCGACCUCAAGGUCGAGUGGUACUUCAACGGCAAGGCCCUCGAGCACGGUGCUCGUUUCAAGAUGACAUGUGACUUUGGGUUCGUCACACUAGACCUGACUGACGUCUACGAACGUGACCAGGGUAUUUACACCUGCAAGGCACACAACCGUGCCGGAGAAGCCUUCACCGCGACCACUGUUUACUGCAUAGGCAAGGACGGGCUGAUCGAGCACACCCAGCAUCCCAAAGGAGCCGAGGGCCUGGGCAAGAUCCAGGACCUGGAGGAGUCGCUGAAGAGGCAGGAGGGCGCCCCGUCCCCGACGGAAGAGGGGCAGGCGCCCGUGUUCACGUCCCAGUUUGAGAAUUUGAUGAACCUCAGCGAAGGCCAAAUCGCUCACUUUGAAGCAUCGUUAACCCCUGUUGGUGACCAGACCAUGGUCAUCGAGUGGUUCUACAAUGGAGAGGUUCUCAAAGCUAGUCACCGGUACCGCACGGUGUACGCCUUCGGCAUGGUGGUGCUGGAGGUGCUGGGCACCGAGAUAGAGGACUCCGGCACUUACAGCUGCCGGGCCACCAACAAGUGGGGCAGGGCGGAGAUCAGCGUCCUGCUGGAGUGCGUCGACAAGUCCAAGGGCCAGAAGCCGCGCUUCACCUCCCAGAUACAGGACAUUGUCGGCCUGAAAGACGGCCAGUCCGCGCACUUCGAGUGCACGCUGGUGCCGGUGGGCGACCCGAACAUGAAGGUGGAGUGGUUCCACAACGGCCAGCCGCUGCGGCACUCCACGCGCAUCAAGUCCGUGUGCGACUUCGGCUUCGUGGUCCUGGACAUCUCCUACACCCAGUCCCACGACUCCGGGGAGUACGUGUGCAAAGCGAGCAACAAGUACGGCGAGGACGUGACCCGCGCGACCAUCAAGUGCACGGGCCGGGGGGGCGUCUACCUGGACAGCCUCCAGCCGGACGCACUCGCCCGCAUCAUGGAGCUGGAGUCGCGCGCCGACCAGUCGGGCCAGGCCCCGCAGGCGCCCGUCACGGAGCCGCCCAAGUUCGUCACGCACAUCUCCGACGUCGCCCGGCUGGUGGAGGGGCAGAGCGCGCACUUCGAGGCCCGCCUCACGCCCGUCACAGACCCCAAGCUCAAGGUCGAGUGGUACUUCAACGGCAAGAAGCUGCCCCACGGGCACCGGUACCGCACGUUCCACGACUUCGGCAUAGUGAUCCUGGACAUACUGUACUGCUACGAGGAGAACUCGGGCGUGUACGAGUGCCGGGCCGUCAACGACUACGGCGAGGACACCACCCGCGCCACGCUCAAGUGCCUGUCCAAGACCAACCUGAUCCUGGAGUCCCAGCUGCCUCAGGGCAUGGAAGGGGGUUUGGAGAAGAUCCAGACCUUGGAGGACUCCCUCGUCCGCUCUCGGGACGAAAAGGUGACGGAGACCCGGGGCCAGGCGCCGGUCUUCACGGUGCCCUUGGCCAAAAUCGACAGCCUGCGGGAGGGUGAGAACGCCCACUUCGAGGCCCGGCUCACUCCGACCGAUGAUCCAAAACUAAAGGUGGAAUGGUUCUGGAACGGAAAACCACUGAGGACUGGAUCUCGGUUCCGCACGUUCUGCGACUUUGGAUUCGUGAUCCUGGAGAUCUCUCCCGUGUACCCUGAGGAUUCUGGAGAGUAUUCGUGCCGUGCUUUCAACGAAUACGGAGAGGCUGUAACAACGGCCAGUAUGAAGGUUCAAGGCAAGAGGAGCAUAAUCCUGGAGUCGCAGCUGCCGAAGGGCAUGGAGCACACGAUCGAGAAGAUCGCGGAACUGGAAGGGCUGGGCCACGCGUCGGAGUCCGCCCCGGAGGAGGACACGGGGAAGCCGCCCGAGUUCGUCACGACGCCCGCGGACCUCAUCCUGACGGAGAACUCGCUGGCGCACUUCGAGUGCCGCCUGACGCCCGUCAACGACUCCAGCAUGCGGGUGGAGUGGUUCCACAACGGGAAGGCCCUGUCCGCGGGCUCCCGCAUCAAGACCAUCAACGACUUCGGGUUCGUCAUCCUCGAGGUCGCCGGGGUGUACCAGAGGGACUCCGGUCUCUACACUUGCAAGGCCACGAACCGGCACGGGGAGGCCACGGUGUCCUGCCAGCUGCAGGUCAAGGGCAGGCAGGGCAUCGUGCUGGAGCCCCAGCUGCCGUCCAACUUCCGCACUGGAACGGAGAGCAUCCAGAAGCUGGAGGAGUCGCUCCACAAGCGGGAGGAGAUCCUGGCGGAGGACGAGAAGCCCGACCCGCCCCGCUUCGUCACCGAGCUUAAGGACAUUGAAGUGAUUGAGAGCAAGGCAGCGCACUUUGACUGUCGCGUCGAACCGGUCGGCGACUCCACGAUGCGCAUCGACUGGUUCCACAACGGGCGGCCGUUCGCUACCGGCUCGCGAGUCCACAUGCUCAAUGACUUCGGCUUCGUAGUGCUGGACAUGGACUAUGUUUACGGCAGAGACUCGGGAGAGUACGUGUGCCGGGCGACCAACAAGUGGGGCUCCGCAACUACGAAGGCUACCUUGAUCUGCAAAGCCAAGAAGGACAUAAUCCUGGACUCGCAGUUGCCGGACGGCAUGACCGGGGAGAAGCUGAAGGAGUUGGAGCGUGGGCCGGUGUCGCAGGCGCUGCCCGAGGACGCCCCGGUGUCGCCCCCCAAGUUCAUCACACAGAUUGAGUCACAAAGCAUCGGUGAAGGCGAAGCGGUCCACUUCGAGUGCCGCGUGGAGCCGAAGACGGACCCCAGGCUGCGGGUGGAGUGGUACCGCAACGGCAAGCCCCUCCCGAGCGGCCACAGGUUCCGAACGGUGUACGACCUUGGGUUCGUGUCCCUCGAUAUCCUCUACACCUACUCAGAGGACUCGGGAGAAUACGUCUGCAGGGCGGUGAACGACGUGGGCGAAGAUACCACCAGAGCAACCAUCUCCUGCAAGAAGCUGCCAUCGAUAAUCCUCCAGAACCAAGUGCCAAGGGGGAUGAAGAAAUCUGAGGCGCUCAUGCAGAUGGAAGCUACAAUCAAGAAGUAUACUUCAGAGGUCCACUUGACCGAGGAAGACCUGUAUGAUGCUGACAAGAAACAGCCUCCGAGAUUUGUGACUCAGAUACUGGAUCAGACAUCACUGGUGGAGAUGCAGACAACUAAGUUUGAAUGUCAGCUGGCACCGGUCGGAGACCCGAACAUGAAAGUCGAAUGGUUCCUCAACGGGAAACCUCUCCCGCACAAGAACAGAUUCACACCAAUUUAUGAUUUCGGCUACGUGGCCAUGAACUUCGGCUGGGUGUAUCCCGAGGACAGCGGCGAGUACUUGUGCCGAGCGACCAACCUCUACGGCAUGGACGAGACGAGAGCCGUCAUCAAGACGGCUGGCAAGCCUGGAAUCAUAUACGACUCGCAGCUGCCCAAAGGAAUGAAGAGCAUUGAGAGAAUCAGAGAGAUGGAAGCAGCUUGGCAAGUAGCUCCCGAGCAACCGGACGACGAACUGAAACCCAAGGAGAAGCCCGUGUUCGUGACGAGGCCGGAGCCGUUCACCGUCACGGAGGGCGAGAGCGCUCGCUUCUGCUGCCGCGUGACGGGACACCCCAAGCCCCGGGUCAUGUGGGUCAUCAACGGACACACUGUCGUCAACGGCUCUCGGUACAAGCUGACCUACGACGGCAUGUGGCACCUGGACAUCCCCAAGACACGCCAGUACGACCACGGUAAAGUGGAGGUGGUGGCUCGCAACUCAUCCGGCGAGGCCAUCACGGAGACCGUCCUGACGGUGAAGCCUCGCGGUGACGACUACAGGAACGUGCUCAAGAACUCGCCCAGACCGUGGUACGACUACGAGCUGACCCAGUACCAGAAGGAGCGCCAGGAGACGGAGCUGGAGAAGGCCUUCGAGGAGCGCGGCACGCUGCUGCAGGGCCACGUGGACAUAAGCGACGCCGUGAAGCAGAAGGUGGCCAAGGAGCCCGAGACGGAGUGGCAGCAGUCCGUGCGCAGCAAGAAGGGCGAGGACUACUACACCAAGCUGAAGGAGCUGGAGGAGGAGCAGGUGGUGAAGGAGACCCGCCUGCGAGAGACGUCCCACCAGUUCGCGAUCCCGGGGGAGAAGAUCGCGGCCAAGACCGUCACCAAGGGCAUGGCCCAGAGCUACGAGCAGAAACUCGACACGGAGACCCAAGAGGGGACGGUGGGCUCCCCCCAGGUGCAGAGGCGCACCACCGACGUGUCCGUGGACUCCCAGAGGGUCAGGCCCGCGCCUGAGCCGAUGGAGUCCGCCAUCCACGGCAGGGAAGUCCACGUGGCGAAGCAGAAGCAGGUUCAGAAGGAGGUGAAAGAUGACUUGGAGAUCACCCGCAAAAUCACAGCCACAGAAACAACAGAAGUUGAACAUAAGGCCAAGACACAAGAGCGAGUGGUGCAAGGACAAGUGAAACCCGCAAAGCCGCCAUUCUUCACGAAGAAGAUCCAGCCGUGCCGGGCCUUCGAGCAGGAGCAGGCGCGGUUCGAAGUGGAGUUCGACGGCGACCCCCUGCCCAAGGUCCAGUGGUACCGCGAGGACUUCCCCAUCCAGAGCUCGGCGGACCUGCAGAUCCACACCUUCGGCACCAAGUCCGUCCUGAUGCUGCGCCAGGUGUUCCCCGAGGACUCGGGGGUGUUCAGCGCGGUGGCGGAGAACCGCGGGGGGCGCGCCAAGUGCAGCGCCAACCUGGUGGUGGAGGAGAGGAGGAGGGCGGGCCGGGGGGGAGUCGUGCCGCCCAGCUUCCUGUCCACCGUGCAGAGCUGCGCGCCCAACGCCGGCCAGCUGGCGCGCUUCGACGCCCGCGUCUCGGGCACCAAGCCCCUGGACGUGUACUGGCUCAAGGACGGCAAGAAAGUGACGCCCGACAUCCGCCACAAGACGCUGGAGGAGGACAGCCUGUACACGCUGCUGAUCAUCGAGACGCUGCCCGAGGACUCGGGCAGGUACGAGUGCGUGGCCAUCAACGGCGCCGGGGAGGCCCGCUGCGAGUGCGAGUGCGCGGUGCAGACGCCGGCGGCCGCCGGGAAGCAGCCGGCCAAGCCGACCACCCCGGGGGCGGAGCAGGCCCCCUCAAUCGUGCAGCCCCUCAAGGGCAAGGUCAUCCGCGAGGGGCAGUCCGUGGACUUCCAGUGCAGGAUCUCGGGCAAGCCAGCACCCACACUCAAAUGGAUGAAGGGCGAUCAAGUUAUCAAACCAUCCAAGUACUUCCAGAUGUUGAAGGAUGGGGACACGUACACUCUGAGGAUCUCGGAAGCCUUCCCGGAGGAUGAAGGGACGUACAAGUGUGUCGCCUCGAACCCAUCAGGUUCGGUGACGCUGUCGGGAGAGCUGAAAGUGACGGCCCCGGAGACGCAGGAGGUCCCGCCCACGCUGAGCCCCAUGAGGGACGUGAUCGUGGCCGAGGGGAGCUCCGCCCAGUUCCGCACGCAGGUCUCGGGCAGGCCCCAGCCGACCGUCCAGUGGCUGCGCGAGGGCAUGGUCAUCCCCCAGUCCGCCGACUUCCAGAUGAUUCACGAGGGCAAGAACGUGGUGCUUCUGAUUGCGACGACGUACGAGGAAGAUUCUGGAACUUUCACCUGCAGGGCCACGAAUUCCGCCGGCCAGGUGGAAACAUCGGCACAACUCAUUGUCAAAAGACAGCAAGGACUGGUAUAUGGUCCUACUGUUCCUGAAACUCAGGCAGAUGGUACCGUAAGUUUCACAAAAGGAAAACCUGGAUCACUGAAGGGUGGUCCAGCCAGAACAGUAAUUAGAGACACCGCCACGCAGCCUGAUGAUGAACAAUGGCUACAAGAUGCCGAAGUAAUUACAUUGCCGCCAGGAGAUGAAACACUUCCGUGGAGGCAAGGUCGUCAGAGGCCCAGAAUCACUAGAAAGGAUAUUACCACAUACGACAGUGAGAUGACAACCGAUCAAACACAUUCCACUGCAUUAUUUCACCAUGCUUCGAGGGGCAAAAUUAUACAUUCAGAUCAAAGAGAACGUGAUACAACAUUAAAACCAUGGACGGAAGAAGUGGUCAAACUAAAGAAAGUCACAGAAGAAAAGAUAGAACUAAAGAAAACACAGAUGGAAGAUAUUAAGUUAAAAGCAGUAACAAAAGAUGAAACUCAAACAAAAAGUAAAAAACUAACACCAGACGACACUAAACAUUUAAAAGUGACACCUGAAAAAGUCUCAGAUGAGUACAAACCUUCUGAAGAGGUACCAGACCAGAAAACUAGUCUUCCUUGGCGACAGGUCCCAAAACAUAAAUUUACACAAAAGGAUGAUGAAACAUUUAUCAAAGAACAGAAACAGACUGAUGAAACAGAAAAGGUUAUUGUGCAGGAUAUAACAGAAAUUGGCGUAAAGAAACCAGAAAAAAGGAAAACAGGUGACAUGGAGAAACCUGAUGAUGUGUCAGAAAUUGUACUUAAGCCAGUAAGAAAAUUGAAACCAGGCGAAAAAGAAGAAAAAGAAACAGUUCAACUUAAACCAGUGAAAAAACGAGUUGUUCCAGAGAAGCCAGGAGAUGUAUCAGAAAUAACUCCAGCCCAAUUAACCGAGGAAGAGAAACCAGAAGAAACUCCUGAGUCAGUUAAAUCUCAGUUUCCAUGGCAAAGACGAACGAAAGUAGAGAAGGCACCUGGUGAUGAUGACCUUGUACCUGAACAAAUAACAGAUGAAAAGAAACCAUCUGAAGAGGUCCAAGACCAGACAACUGGUCUUCCUUGGCGACGGGUUACAAAACCUCAAUUAACACAAAAGGAUGAGGAAACUGUUAUCAAAGAAAAGAAACAGACUGAUGAAAUUGAAGAGGUUAUUGAGCAGGAUAUAACAUUAAUUGGUGUAAAGAAACAAGAAAAAAGGAAACCAGGUGCCAAGGAGACACCUGAUGAUAUGUCCGUAGUUGUACUGAAGCCAGUAAGAAAAUUGAAACCAGGCGAAAAAGAAGAGCAAGAAACAGUACAUCUUAAACCAGUGAAAAAAGGACUUGUUCCAGAGAAGCCUGGAGAUGUAUCAGAAAUAAGUCUGUCCCAUUUAACUGAGCAAAAGAAACCAGAAGAAACUCCUGAGUCUAUAAAAUCUCAGUUGCCAUGGCAAAGAAGAACAAAAGUAAAGAAGGCACCUGGUGAUGAUGACCUUGUACCUGAACAAAUAACAGAUGAACAGAAACCAUCUGAAGAGGUCCAAGACCAGACAACUGGUCUUCCUUGGCGACGUGUUACCAAACCUAAAUUAACACAAAAGGAUGAGGAAACUGUUAUUAAAGAACAGAAACAGACUGAUGAAAUUGAAGAAGUUGUUGUUCAGGAUAUAACAGUAAUUGGUGUAAAGAAACAAGAAAAAAGGAAACCAGGUGACAAGGAGAAACCUGAUGAUGUGUCAGAAAUUGUACUUAAGCCGGUAAGAAAAUUGAAACCAGGCGAAAAAGAAGAGCAAGAAACAGUUCAACUUAAACCAGUGAAAAAAGGAGUUGUUUUAGAGAAGCCUGGAGAUGUAUCAGAAUUAACUCCAGCCCAAUUAACCGAGGAAGAGAAACCAGAAGAAACUCCUGAGUCUAUAAAGUCUCAGUUGCCAUGGCAAAGAAGAACGAAAGUAAAGAAGGCACCUGGUGAUGAUGACUUUGUUCCUGAACAAAUAACAGAUGAACAGAAACCAUCUGAAGAGGUACUCGACCAGAAAACUGGUCUUCCUUGGCGACGGGUUAUAAAACCUAAAUUAACACAAAAGGAUGAGGAAACUGUUAUCAAAGAACAGAAACAGACUGAUGAAAUUGAAGAAGUUGUUGUGCAGGAUAUAACAGUAAUUGGUGUAAAGAAACAAGAAAAAAGGAAACCAGGUGACAAGGAGAGACCUGAUGAUGUGUCUGAAAUUGUACUUAAGCCAGUAAGAAAAUUGAAACCAGGCGAAAAAGAAGAGCAAGAAACAGUUCAACUUAAACCAGUGAAAAAAGGAGUUGAUUUAGAGAAGCCUGGAGAUGUAUCAGAAUUAACUCCAGCCCAAUUAACCGAGGAAGAAAAACCAGAAGAAACUCCUGAGUCUAUAAAGUCUCAGUUGCCAUGGCAAAGAAGAACGAAAGUAAAGAAGGCAACUGGUGAUGAUGACCUUGUACCUGAACAAAUAACAGAUGAAGAGAAACCAUCUGAAGAGGUCCACGACCAGACAACUAGUCUUCCUUGGCAUUGUGUUACCAAACCUAAAUUAACACAAAAGGAUGAGGAAACUGUUAUCAAAGAACAGAAACAGACUAAUGAAAUUGAAGAAGUUAUUGUGCAGGAUAUAACAGUAAUAGGUGUAAAGAAACAAGAAAAAAGGAAACCAGGUGACAAGGAUAAACCUGAUGAUAUGUCAGAAGUUGUACUGAAGCCGGUAAGAAAAUUGAAACCAGGCGAAAAAGAAGAGCAAGAAACAGUACAUCUUAUACCAGUGAAAAAAGGACUUGUUCCAGAGAAGCCUGGAGAUGUAUCAGAAAUAAGUCCGUCCCAAUUAACUGAGGAAGAGAAACCAGAAGAAACUCCUGAGUCUAUAAAGUCUCAGUUGCCAUGGCAAAGAAGAACGAAAGUAAAGAAGGCACCUGGUGAUGAUGACUUUGUUCCUGAACAAAUAACAGAUGAACAGAAACCAUCUGAAGAGGUACUCGACCAGAAAACUGGUCUUCCUUGGCGACGGGUUAUAAAACCUAAAUUAACACAAAAGGAUGAGGAAACUGUUAUCAAAGAACAGAAACAGACUGAUGAAAUUGAAGAAGUUGUUGUGCAGGAUAUAACAGUAAUUGGUGUAAAGAAACAAGAAAAAAGGAAACCAGGUGACAAGGAGAGACCUGAUGAUGUGUCUGAAAUUGUACUUAAGCCAGUAAGAAAAUUGAAACCAGGCGAAAAAGAAGAGCAAGAAACAGUUCAACUUAAACCAGUGAAAAAAGGAGUUGAUUUAGAGAAGCCUGGAGAUGUAUCAGAAUUAACUCCAGCCCAAUUAACCGAGGAAGAAAAACCAGAAGAAACUCCUGAGUCUAUAAAGUCUCAGUUGCCAUGGCAAAGAAGAACGAAAGUAAAGAAGGCAACUGGUGAUGAUGACCUUGUACCUGAACAAAUAACAGAUGAAGAGAAACCAUCUGAAGAGGUCCACGACCAGACAACUGGUCUUCCUUGGCAUUGUGUUACCAAACCUAAAUUAACACAAAAGGAUGAGGAAACUGUUAUCAAAGAACAGAAACAGACUAAUGAAAUUGAAGAAGUUAUUGUGCAGGAUAUAACAGUAAUAGGUGUAAAGAAACAAGAAAAAAGGAAACCAGGUGACAAGGAUAAACCUGAUGAUAUGUCAGAAGUUGUACUGAAGCCGGUAAGAAAAUUGAAACCAGGCGAAAAAGAAGAGCAAGAAACAGUACAUCUUAUACCAGUGAAAAAAGGACUUGUUCCAAAGAAGCCUGGAGAUGUAUCAGAAAUAAGUCCGUCCCAAUUAACUGAGGAAGAGAAACCAGAAGAAACUCCUGAGUCUAUAAAAUCUCAGUUGCCAUGGCAAAGAAGAUCAAAAGUAAAGAAGGCACCUGGUAUUGAUGACCUUGUAGCUGAACAAAUUACAGAUGAACAGAAACCAUCUGAAGAGGUACUCGACCAGAAAACUGGUCUUCCUUGGCGACGUGUUACCAAACCUAAAUUAACACAAAAGGAUGAGGAAACUGUUAUCAAAGAACAGAAACAGACUAAUGAAAUGGAAGAGGUUGUUGUGCAGGAUAUAACAGUAAUUGGUGUAAAGAAACAAGAAAAAGUGAAACCAGGUGACAAGGAGAAACCUGAUGAUGUGUCAGAAAUUGUACUUAAGCCAGUAAGAAAAUUGAAACCAGGCGAAAAGGAAGAGCAAGAAACAGUGCAACUUAAACCAGUGAAAAAAGGAGUUGUUUCAGAGAAGCCUGGAGAUGUAUCAGAAAAAACCCCAACCCAAGUAACCGAGGAAGAGAAACCAGAAGAAACUCCUGAGUCUUUUAAAUCUCAGUUGCCAUGGCAAAGAAGAACGAAAGUAAAGAAGGCACCUGGUGAUGAUGACCUUGUACCUGAACAAAUAACAGAUGAACAGAAACCAUCUGAAGAGGUCCAAGACCAGACAACUGGUCUUCCUUGGCAUCGUGUUACCAAACCUAAAUUAACACAAAAGGAUGAGGAAACUGUUAUCAAAGAACAGAAACAGACUAAUGAAAUUGAAGAGGUUAUUGUGCAGGAUAUAACAGUAAUUGGUGUAAAGAAACAAGAAAAAAGGAAACCAGGUGACAAGGAUAAACCUGAUAAUAUGUCAGAAGUUGUACUGAAGCCGCUAAGAAAAUUGAAACCAGGCGAAAAAAAAGAGCAAGAAACAGUACAUCUUAAACCAGUGAAAAAAGGAGUUGUUCCAGAAAAGCCUGGAGAUAUAUCAGAAAUAAGUCCGUCCCAAUUAACCGAGGAAGAGAAACCAGAAAAAACUCCUGAGUCUAUAAAAUCUCAGUUGCCAUGGCAAAGAAGAACAAAAGUAAAGAAGGCACCUGGUGAUGAUGAACUUGUACCUGAACAAAUAACAGAUGAACAGAAACCAUCUGAAGAGGUACUCGACCAGAAAACUGGUCUUCCUUGGCGACGUGUUACCAAACCUAAAUUAACACAAAAGGAUGAGGAAAUUGUUAUUAAAGAACAGAAACAGACAGAUGAAAUUGAAGAAGUUGUUGUGCAGGAUAUAACAGUAAUUGGUGUAAAGAAACAAGAAAAAAGGAAACCAGGUGACAUGGAGAAACCUGAUGAUGUGUCAGAAAUUGUACUUAAGCCAGUAAGAAAAUUGAAACCAGGUGAUAAAGAAGUACAAGAAACAGUACAACUUAAACCAGUUAAAAAAGGAGUUGUUCCAGAGAAGCCUGGAGAUGUAUCAGAAUUAACUCCGGCCCAGUUAACCGAGGAAGAGAAACCAGAAGAAACUUAUGAGUCUAUAAAAUCUCAGUUGCCAUGGCAAAGAAGAACAAAAGUAAUGAAGGCACCUGGUGGUGAUGACCUUGUACCUGAACAAAAUACAGAUGAUCAGAAACCAUCUGAAGAGGUACUCGACCAGAAAACUGGUCUUCCUUGGCACCGUGUUACCAAACCUAAAUUAACACAAAAAGAUGAGGAGACUGUUAUUAAAGAACAGAAACACACUGAUGAAAUUGAAGAAGUUAAUGUGCAGGAUAUAACUGUAAUAGGUGAAAAGAAACAAGAAAAAAGGAAACCAGGUGACAAGGAGAAACCUGAUGAUAUGUCAGAAGUUGUACUGAAGCCAGUAAGAAAAUUGAAACCAGAUGAAAUAGAAGAUCAAGAAACAGUACAUCUUAAACCAGUGAAAAAAGGACUUGUUCCAGAGAAGCCUGGAGAUAUAUCAGAAAUAAGUCCGUCCCAAUUAACCGAGGAAGAGAAACCAGAAGAAACUCCUGAGUCUAUAAAAUCUCAGUUGCCAUGGCAAAGAAGAACAAAAGUAAAGAAGGCACCUGGUGAUGAUGAACUUGUACCUGAACAAAUAACAGAUGAACAGAAACCAUCUGAAGAGGUACUCGACCAAAAAACUGGUCUUCCUUGGCGACGUGUUACCAAACCUAAAUUAACACAAAAGGAUGAGGAAACUGUUAUUAAAGAACAGAAACAGACUGAUGAAAUUGAAGAAGUUGUUGUGCAGGAUUUAACAGUAAUUGGUGUAAAGAAACAAGAAAAAAGGAAACCAGGUGACAAGGAGAAACCUGAUGUAGUGUCAGAAAUUGUACUUAAGCCAGUAAGAAAAUUGAAAUCAGAUGAUAAAGAAGUACAAGAAACAGUACAACUUAAACCAGUGAUAAAAGGAGAGAAGCCUGAAGAUGUAUCAGAAUUAACUCCGGCCCAUUUAACCGAGGAAGAGAAACCAGAAGAAACUCCUGUGUCUGUUAAAUCUCAGUUGCCAUGGCAAAGAAGAACGAAAGUAAAGAAGGCACCAGUCGAUGAUGCUAUUGUACCUAAACAAAUAACAGAUGACCAGAAACAAUCUGAGGACGUUUCAGACCAGAAAAGUGAUUUUAUUUUUCAACAAGAUAUGACACAUAAGGAUCUACAUAUAGAUAAAAAAUUAAUGAUUAAAGAACAAAAGGAAUCUGAUGAUAUUCAGGAAGUUUUGCAAGAUAUUUCUAUUUUAAUGUUAAAGAAGUUAGCAGAGAAUAAACUUGAUGUAAAAGAUACAACUGAAGAUAUGUCACAAACUGAAUUGAAACAAUUUGGACAAAUAAAAUCUAAAGAUAAGUUACAGAAAAAACUAAGAGAAAAUAAAUUAACUUCUGAACCUGAUGUGGUUCAGAUUCCUCUUGUGAAAGGUGAACCUAAAAAGCCUGAGCCUGAUGAAGAGAAAGAUAUAAAACUGCGUAAGAAGAUAGGCUCCCCUGAGCCUGAAGUGCCUGAGACUAUCAAGUUAAAGCCUUUCACUAAAGAGAAACCAAGUGAUGAGAAGAAACCUCGUGACUUGGAUGUUGGAAAACCUAAACCAAUAGACCAGAUUAGGGAUUCAGAGGAAAUUAUGCCAGAAGUGUUCAAACUGAAAGAGUCUCCAGACAAAAUCGUUGAUAAAAAGAAGGUGAAAAAGGUCAAGAAAAUUAAAAAACCCAAACACCCAGGGGAUGAAGUCACAGCUGAUGAGGUUCCAUCUGAUUUAGAAGAAACUGAGGAUGCAACUGUUUUAGAAAAACCUACAGAAAUAUCUGAUGUAGCACCAGAGGAAAUUUCUGAAUCUAAGUUGCCAGAAGAACUUCCAGUUCCUGAAAGUUCUGAAGUACCGUGGGUAAGAGGCAAGAAGAAGAAAACACCAAAGGAACCUGAAAAGAUUGUGGAAGAUAUUCCAGAUGAGGCAGCACCAAAAGAAGAGGUUGAAGAAGAAAAGCCCACAUUGCCAUGGGUAAGAGGUAAAAAGAAGAAGGUAAUAGGAAAGAAACCUGUAGGCAAGGAGGAAGAUAUUGUGGAUGAGGAAGUACCAAAAGAGGUUGAUGAAAAACCAUCCUUGCCAUUACGUAAGGGUAAGCUUGAAAAACCAAAGCCUGAGUUACAGAAAGCGGAAGAUGUUUCGGUUAAACCACUCUUUGCUGAAGUUAAAUUGAGAAAAGUGUCAGUUCAACCAAAAGAAUUACAGCCAUCAGAAAUUCCAAAGGUUUUGCUGAAGAGUAAUGUAAAGAUAAUUGAGUAUCCUCCUGUGGAACACAAGAUUAUUGUAUCGAUAAUUGAUGCUAAAAUGGACAGUGGAGUACUCUCAAGGAAUGCUGAAGAAGCACAAAAAGUUCUUAAAAAGAGAGUAAGAAAGGUUAUUAAACUACCAGAGAAAGAAGAAGUUCACUUAGAGAAAUAUGAACCCUUUGAAGAUGUGGAUUUGGAAAAGCCCAAAGAUGACGAAGACAAAGGGAAACCUUCAUGGAGUAAGUUACAGAAAAAGCCAGAUAAACCAGAAGAUGAAACGAAGAAGCUUAUCAUUGGCAAAGGCAAAAUACCAAAGGAUGAAGAUGAAAGAGAAGAAGUGAAGUUAAAGAAAAUUCCUGAAAAGCCAUUAGAUAAGAAAGAGGAUGAGAAGUUGAAGCCAAAGAAAGAAAAACCAAGUGAGGAAAUUCCAAAAACAAAGAAAGAUAAGAAACAAAUAGGAUUAGAGCCAUUUGAACCAUAUGAUUUGGAGAAGGAUGAACCAGAGAUUAUAAGUCCUGAGAAAAUACUUCCAGAGUUUUCACCCAAGGAGUCACCAGAAGAUGAAAAAUCCAUGAUACCUAAGGACAAGAAAUCAAAACUAGAGCCUGAAGUUGUCCAGAUACCGCUUGUAAAAGGUGUACCUAAAAAGCCUAAGCCUGAUGAAGGGAAAGAUAUAAAACUGCGUAAGAAGAUGGGCUCCCCUGAGCCUGAAGUGCCUGAGACUAUCAAGUUGAAGCCUUUCACUAAAGAGAAACCAAGUGAUGAGAAGAAACCUCGUGACUUGGAUGUUGGAAAACCUAAACCAAUAGACCAGAUUAGGGAUUCAGAGGAAAUUAUGCCAGAAGUGUUCAAACUGGAAGAAUCUCCAGACAAAAUCGUUGAUAAAAAGAAGGUGAAAAAGAUCAAGAAAAUUAAAAAACCCAAACACCCAGGGGAUGAAGUCGCAGCUGAUGAGGUUCCAUCUGAUUUAGAAGAAACUGAGGAUGCAACUGUUUUAGAAAAACCUACAGAAAUAUCUGAUGUAGCACCAGAGGAAAUUUCAGAAUCUAAGUUGCCAGAAGAACUACCAGUUCCUGAAUGUUCUGAAGUACCGUGGGUAAGAGGCAAGAAGAAGAAAACACCAAAGGAACCUGAAAAGAUUGUGGAAGAUAUUCCAGAUGAGGCAGCACCAAAAGAAGAGGUUGAAGAAGAAAAGCCCACAUUGCCAUGGGUAAGAGGUAAAAAGAAGAAGGUAAUAGGAAAGAAACCUGUAGGCAAGGAGGAAGAUAUUGUGGAUGAGGAAGUACCAAAAGAGGUUGAUGAAAAACCAUCCUUGCCAUUACGUAAGGGUAAGCUUGAAAAACCAAAGCCUGAGUUACAGAAAGUGGAAGAAGUUUCAGUUAAACCACUCUUUGCUGAAGUUAAAUUGAGAAAAGUGUCAGUUCAACCAAAAGAAAUACAGCCAUCAGAAAUUCCAAAGGUUUUGCUGAAGAGUAAUGUAAAGAUAAUUGAGUAUCCUCCUGUGGAACACAAGAUUAUUGUAUCGAUAAUUGAUGCUAAAAUGGACAGUGGAGUACUCUCAAGGAAUGCUGAAGAAGCACAAAAAGUUCUUAAAAAGAGAGUAAGAAAGGUUAUUAAACUACCAGAGAAAGAAGAAGUUCACUUAGAGAAAUAUGAACCCUUUGAAGAUGUGGAUUUGGAAAAGCCCAAAGAUGACGAAGACAAAGGGAAACCUUCAUGGAGUAAGUUACAGAAAAAGCCAGAUAAACCAGAAGAUGAAAAGAAGAAGCUUAUCAUUGGCAAAGGCAAAAUACCAAAGGAUGAAGAUGAAAGAGAAGAAGUGAAGUUAAAGAAAAUUCCUGAAAAGCCAUUAGAUAAGAAAGAGGAUGAGAAGUUGAAGCCAAAGAAAGAAAAACCAAGUGAGGAAAUUCCAAAAACAAAGAAAGAUAAGAAACGAAUAGGAUUAGUGCCAUUUGAACCAUAUGAUUUGGAGAAGGAUGAACCAGAGAUUAUAAGUCCUGAGAAAAUUCUUCCAGUGUUUUCACCUAAGGAGGCACCAGAAGAUGAAAAACUCAAGAUACCUAAGGACAAGAAAUCAAAACCAGAGCCUGAAGUUGUCCAGAUACCGCUUGUAAAAGGUGUACCUAAAAAGCCUGAGCCUGAUGAAGAGAAAGAUAUAAAACUGCGUAAGAAGAUGGGCUCCCCUGAGCCUGAAGUGCCUGAGACUAUCAAGUUGAAGCCUUUCACUAAAGAGAAACCAAGUGAUGAAAAGAAACCUCGUGACUUGGAUGUUGGAAAACCUAAACCAAUAGACCAGAUUAGGGAUUCAGAGGAAAUUAUGCCAGAAGUGUUCAAACUGGAAGAAUCUCCAGACAAAAUCGUUGAUAAAAAGAAGGUGAAAAAGAUCAAGAAAAUUAAAAAACCCAAACACCCAGGGGAUGAAGUCGCAGCUGAUGAGAAUCCAUCUGAUUUAGAAGAAACUGAGGAUGCAACUGUUUUAGAAAAACCUACAGAAAUAUCUGAUGUAGCACCAGAGGAAAUUUCAGAAUCUAAGUUGCCAGAAGAACUUCCAGUUCCUGAAAGUUCUGAAGUACCAUGGGUAAGAGGCAAGAAGAAGAAAACACCAAAGGAACCUGAAAAGAUUGUGGAAGAUAUUCCAGAUGAGGCAGCACCAAAAGAAGAGGUUGAAGAAGAAAAGCCCACAUUGCCAUGGGUAAGAGGUAAAAAGAAGAAGGUAAUAGGAAAGAAACCUGUAGGCAAGGAGGAAGAUAUUGUGGAUGAGGAAGUACCAAAAGAGGUUGAUGAAAAACCAUCCUUGCCAUUACGUAAGGGUAAGCUUGAAAAACCAAAGCCUGAGUUACAGAAAGUGGAAGAAGUUUCAGUUAAACCACUCUUUGCUGAAGUUAAAUUGAGAAAAGUGACAGUUCAACCAAAAGAAAUACAGCCAUCAGAAAUUCCAAAGGUUUUGCUGAAGAGUAAUGUAAAGAUAAUUGAGUAUCCUCCUGUGGAACACAAGAUUAUUGUAUCGAUAAUUGAUGCUAAAAUGGACAGUGGAGUACUCUCAAGGAAUGUUGAAGAAGCACAAAAAGUUCUUAAAAAGAGAGUAAGAAAGGUUAUUAAACUACCAGAGAAAGAAGAAGUUCACUUAGAGAAAUAUGAACCCUUUGAAGAUGUGGAUUUGGAAAAGCCCAAAGAUGACGAAGACAAAGGGAAACCUUCAUGGAGUAAGUUACAGAAAAAGCCAGAUAAACCAGAAGAUGAAAAGAAGAAGCUUAUCAUUGGCAAAGGCAAAAUACCAAAGGAUGAAGAUGAUAGAGAAGAAGUAAAGUUAAAGAAAAUUCCUGAAAAGCCAUUAGAUAAGAAAGAGGAUGAGAAGUUGAAGCCAAAGAAAGAAAAACCAAGUGAGGAAAUUCCAAAAACAAAGAAAGAUAAGAAACGAAUAGGAUUAGAGCCAUUUGAACCAUAUGAUUUGGAGAAGGAUGAACCAGAGAUUAUAAGUCCUGAGAAAAUACUUCCAGAGUUUUCACCCAAGGAGUCACCAGAAGAUGAAAAACCCAAGAUACCUAAGGACAAGAAAUCAAAACCAGAGCCUGAAGUUGUCCAGAUACCGCUUGUAAAAGGUGUACCUAAAAAGCCUAAGCCUGAUGAAGGGAAAGAUAUAAAACUGCGUAAGAAGAUGGGCUCCCCUGAGCCUGAAGUGCCUGAGACUAUCAAGUUGAAGCCUUUCACUAAAGAGAAACCAAGUGAUGAGAAGAAACCUCGUGACUUGGAUGUUGGAAAACCUAAACCAAUAGACCAGAUUAGGGAUUCAGAGGAAAUUAUGCCAGAAGUGUUCAAACUGGAAGAAUCUCCAGACAAAAUCGUUGAUAAAAAGAAGGUAAAAAAGAUCAAGAAAAUUAAAAAACCUAAACACCCAGGGGAUGAAGUCGCAGCGGAUGAGGUUCCAUCUGAUUUAGAAGAAACUGAGGAUGCAACUGUUUUAGAAAAACCUACAGAAAUAUCUGAUGUAGCACCAGAGGAAAUUUCAGAAUCUAAGUUGCCAGAAGAACUUCCAGUUCCUGAAAGUUCUGAAGUACCGUGGGUAAGAGGUAAGAAGAAAAAAACACCAAAGGAACCUGAAAAGAUUGUGGAAGAUAUUCCAGAUGAGGCAGCACCAAAAGAAGAGGUUGAAGAAGAAAAGCCCACAUUGCCAUGGGUAAGAGGUAAAAAGAAGAAGGUAAUAGGAAAGAAACCUGUAGGCAAGGAGGAAGAUAUUGUGGAUGAGGAAGUACCAAAAGAGGUUGAUGAAAAACCAUCCUUGCCAUUACGUAAGGGUAAGCUUGAAAAACCAAAGCCUGAGUUACAGAAAGUGGAAGAAGUUUCAGUUAAACCACUCUUUGCUGAAGUUAAAUUGAGAAAAGUGUCAGUUCAACCAAAAGAAAUACAGCCAUCAGAAAUUCCAAAGGUUUUGCUGAAGAGUAAUGUAAAGAUAAUUGAGUAUCCUCCUGUGGAACACAAGAUUAUUGUAUCGAUAAUUGAUGCUAAAAUGGACAGUGGAGUACUCUCAAGGAAUGUUGAAGAAGCACAAAAAGUUCUUAAAAAGAGAGUAAGAAAGGUUAUUAAACUACCAGAGAAAGAAGAAGUUCACUUAGAGAAAUAUGAACCCUUUGAAGAUGUGGAUUUGGAAAAGCCCAAAGAUGACGAAGACAAAGGGAAACCUUCAUGGAGUAAGUUACAGAAAAAGCCAGAUAAACCAGAAGAUGAAAAGAAGAAGCUUAUCAUUGGCAAAGGCAAAAUACCAAAGGAUGAAGAUGAAAGAGAAGAAGUGAAGUUAAAGAAAAUUCCUGAAAAGCCAUUAGAUAAGAAAGAGGAUGAGAAGUUGAAGCCAAAGAAAGAAAAACCAAGUGAGGAAAUUCCAAAAACAAAGAAAGAUAAGAAACGAAUAGGAUUAGAGCCAUUUGAACCAUAUGAUUUGGAGAAGGAUGAACCAGAGAUUAUAAGUCCUGAGAAAAUACUUCCAGAGUUGUCACCCAAGGAGGCACCAGAAGAUGAUAAACCCAAGAUACCUAAGGACAAGAAAUCAAAACCAGAGCCUGAAGUUGUUCAGAUUCCGCUUGUAAAAGGUGUACCUAAAAAGCCUGAGCCUGAUGAAGAGAAAGAUAUAAAACUGUGUAAGAAGAUGGGUUCCCCUGAGCCUGAAGUGCCUGAGACUAUCAAGUUGAAGCCUUUCACUAAAGAGAAACCAAGUGAUGAGAAGAAACCUCGUGACUUGGAAGUUGGAAAACUAAAACCAAUUGACCAGAUUAGAGAAUCAGAGGAAGUUAUGCCAGAAGAAUCUCCAGAGAAGACUGUUGAUAAAAAGAAGGUGAAAAAGGUAAAGAAAAUUAAAAAAACCAAACAUCCAGAGGAAGUAGUCUCAGACGAAGGAUUUCCCUCAGACCUAGAUGAAGAAAAAUUUGAUCUAGAAAUCCCUGAGAAAUUAGUUGUGUCUGAAAAACCUUUGAAUGAGAUUGAUGUGAAAUUGGACAAGGUGCCAUUAGUAGAACAAGACAUAGUUCCAGUCUCUGAUAAACCUGUACAUCCUUGGAGGAGAGUCCGUAGACUUAAGAAACCAUCUGAUGUAAUUCCUGAUGAGCCAGAUGUGAAACCGGAGGAAGAAUACGAAAAGCCUGAAGAAGUUUCUCUUAUACCUACUCAUAUAAUUGAAGAAGCUGAUGAAGAAAACAAAGAAAUUCAUUCAGUUGCACAGGUAACUCUUGUUUCCAAAGCUGAUAAAGUUUCUAAAAAGGUUUCCAGGGAGGAAGAUGAAAGUGUGGAAGAUUUAGAGGAAAAGCAGUUUUCAUGGCAUAAACAAGUAAAAGUUGAGACUGUUUCUAAGAAAAAGUUGCAAACUGAUUCUAAAUUACCCUUUAUUGGUGAUGAUGAUAGACCACUCAGUGAGUUGGAGAUUAUUUCUCAAAAACGUGUAACCGAAUCUUUGUUUAAAUUACCUGAAGAACCAGUUAUUGAAGAUGUUGAAGUUUCAGAAGAUAAAAGAACUGUAAGACAUUCUAUAGUACAGAAGAGUGUUGCUGAGAUAUCUGUGUCAUCUGGUGGGAAUCUUGCUCCAAGAUUUGUAAAACGUUUGGUGCCUGUUGUUUCACGCCCAGAGAAAUUGACCACUUUUGUGUGUGAAGUGGAAGGUCUUCCCUUCCCAGAUAUUACAUGGUAUCACAAUGAUCAGGAGAUUGUUCCCUCGAAGCGUGUAGUGAUGAAGGUGCAGGAGAAAACAGUGAUUCUGGAGAUAGAGGAGACCAAACUAAGUGAUGUUGGAAUGUACACCUGUCGGGCAUCUAAUGUUGCUGGGGUAGCCACUUCUACAGCAAACCUUAUUGUACUUGAAGAAGAAGAAACUGGCACGGCGCCACACUUUGUGAAACCGUUGAAACCGCAAGUUGUCGAAGGAAAGCAACCGGUAACUUUGCAGUGCACAGUGCUGGGGCAACCAACGCCGGUUGUGAAAUGGCUUGCCAACAACAAUGAAAUCAAACCAUCAAAGGGGAAGCAGAUCAGCUACACUCCAAAAACUGGAGUUGCCAAACUCGUAAUUCAAGAACCACAAGAAGAGGAUGAAACUGUCUAUAGUGUUGUUGCUACAAACAAAUUUGGGAAAGCAGAGUGCCGAUCAAACAUUGUAAUAAGAAAAGCAGCAACCACCUUCAAACCAGAAGUACUACAUGCGCCGAAAAUCACCCGCCCAUUAGAGGCAAUGAUCGUACCGAAGGAAAGCACCGUAAUUUUGGAAGUUGGUUUCGAAGGGAAGCCAGAGCCCGAAGUCAAGUGGUACCGAAACGGAAAGGAGAUAGCUGAAAGUUCUGACGUCAUCAUCAAGACAUUCGAGCAAAAAACAACGCUGAAGAUAUUAAAGGCACGCAAAGAUGUGUGCGGCAAAUACGAAGUCAGAGCUCUAAAUCCGGUGGGAGAGGCCCGAACUUCUGGUUCUCUGGCUGUCAAAGAACCAGAAGAUGAGACAGACUCUGUAGUUCCUCCAAGGUUCAUCGAACCGUUGAGACCGCAGAUCGUGGCGGAAGGACAGGCGGUAAUAAUGGAGACGACCGUUGACUCGUACCCCACGUCUUCUUUCCAGUGGUUCAAACAGCAUGUGCCCAUCAAGUCCUGCCCGGAGAUGCGCGUGGUGACGGAAGACAACCGCUCGCUGCUGGUGGUCAGCGAGGUGAUGCCGGAGCUUGCCGGCAGCUACACCUGCAGGGCGGAGAACGUAGCGGGCUCCGUGAUGUCCACCGCCACGGUGGUCGUGAUGCCGGAUCGGCAGUGGGAGGAAACGGUGGAGCUGGAGUCCCCCACGUUCGUGGAGAAGCUGACCAGUGUCCGCGUCAUGGACGGGGAGCAAGUGCUCUUCACGUGCAAGGUUACUGGCAAGCCAACACCAAAAGUUGCUUGGUUCCAUAAGAAUCAGCCGGUGAAGGAGGCCAAAGACUUAACAGUCUACCAGGACACUGAAGGUGUUUGCAAACUGGCAAUAGCCGAAGUUUUCCCGGAAGAUGCUGGGGAAUAUACUUGCCAUGCCAUCAACGAAGUUGGGGAGGCGGUAUGCGCUGCUUCCCUCGUCGUCGAAGCUUAUGAAUACGUGCCGGAUUCCGAAGUAGCAUCAGUUACCGUCGCAACAUCGCUGAUUACUGGACAGAGUGGGUCAGAAGAAGAUCUUUUAGUGGAGAAGGAGAGUUUGUCGGACUUGCUGGAAGAGAAACUGGCCACUGAGGAACAACUCAGUGCCCCUCAUUUCGAGACUCCGUUGGAAGACAUAAUUCCCAUUCGUGACGGGGAACUUGCAAGGCUGGAGGUGAAAGUGGCGGGCAGCCCGAAGCCCACGGUCACGUGGUACAAGCAGGGCACUCGGCUGGCGCCCUCCAGCGACUUCCAGAUGGAGGACCUGGAGGACGGGACCUCGGUGCUCACCAUCACGGAGGUGUUCCCCGACGACGCGGGCGAGAUCGUGUGCGAGGCGCACAACGAGCUGGGCGCGGAGAGCUGCGCCACGGAGCUCGUGGUCGAAGAGAUCCUCGGCACGAAGGAGUACCGCAAGCCGGAGUGGGUAGCCAAGAUGGAGGAGCUGCAGGAGCAGCAGCGAGCUACGCAGUCUGUGCCAACAUUUGUUCAAGAAAUUCGAGAUACACGGGCCAAGGAAACAGAGACAGUUGUGUUUGAGUGUCAGUUCUCUGGAACGCCAAUGCCUGACAUAAUUUGGUACCACAACAACAAGAUAAUACGGAACAAAAAGAACGUCAAGAUAAGGAUCAAAGACAACAAAACCACGUGCACUAUCCACAAAGCGACGCCUAAGGACGAAGGAACCUACAUCUGCAAAGCCACGAGCGCGAUAGGUGUCAAGACCACCAAGGCACACCUCCAAGUUCAACCUCUUGCUCCGGAGGAGAAGAAAGAAUUGGAGCUGCAGAAAGCACGCGAAGAUGAAGAAAAGAUCAAGCCGGAGAAGGUGAAACUGGACAAGAAGCCAAAAGACGUAGAAAAAGUUAAAGGCGUCGUCAAGACUGAAGAGGACGAAAAGGCGAGCGCAGACAUACAAGAGGUGCAAGUUCUGGAGUCUGCUAAGCCAUUCGAAGAAACCACCACCAAAGAAAAAGCUACUCCGAUCAUCUCCCCACAAGAGCCAGUUACGGUUUCGUGCGUGGCAACACGCAAGCACAUGGGGGAGACAACAACAGACAUUACAAGGCCAGAGGAGAAAGCGAAACCAGUCGCACCUGUUCAGGAGUCCGUGACCGUCUCAGACGUGCAGACGGUGGAUGUCGUCGAGCCGUUCACCGAGGAGGUGACCGAGCAGAAGGCCAAGCCGGUGGUGUCCACCCAGGACUCCGUGAGCGUCACCGAGGUCACGGUCGAAGACACCACCACGACUUUCAAGCGAGGCACGAAGACGAGGAAGGCGGUCAAGACGACGUCCACCCGAGAGUCCGUCGUCGUCUCCGAAGUCACGCCGGAGACCGUGGCGAAAGAAUUCGAAGACACGGUAGACUCGAGGACUGCGGAAAGGAUCGUGUCGACCCGGGAGUCGAUAGUGAUCAGCGAGGUCCAGCCGGAAGCGGCAGUGGAGGAAGUAGAGGAGAAGAAGCCGAGGACGCGAAAGGCGAGGGUCGAGAAGAAGCCGGCCCCGAAGGAAACGGCCACCGUCACCGAGGUGAAGCCGGAACUCGCGAAGGAAGCCGAGGAAGUGGUGACGAGGGUGGAGGAGAUACUGGAGAAGGAGAAGAAGAAGGUCGCCACGGAGGUGACCCGGCUGAUGGACCUGGUGCGGGCGGAGGAGUUCGGGCCGGGAGAGUCCCCGCUGCGGGAGCUGGCGACGGUGGGGUUCCUGGUGCGCCGGGGGGUGGCCGUCAGCGAGAUCGUGACCCUGUACGAGGCGGACCGGUUCCCGGCGCUGCGGGCCCCGGAGGCCCAGUCAGCGAUGGUGCGUGUGGUGGAGCGCGAGGGGCUCACGUCCCUCAUCACCCAGGUGCUGGCCGAGGAGUCGACCACUGACGAGGUGGCCGCGGCCGCCACGGUCGGCUUCCGGGCGUUCAUGCGCAUGGUCGAGCUGCGGCACGCCGCCGUGGAGGAGGUCAUCACGCACUUCGCCCCCGAGGACUUCCAGCCGCACGUGUGGGAGACCGCGGACGUCUCCGAGAUUGUCACAGAAGGCAUUACCGAAACAGUUGAAUCCAUUCAGCAGACUGAAGUGCAUAUGCAAGAGAGAAAGAAAUUGUUGAAGACAAAGAAGACUAAAACCAUAGAAGCAGAGAAACAAGAAAUCAUAGAAGAAACAGCAUCCAAGACCGCUGUCGACACUCGACACCAAAAGACACAGAAACCUCAUGACAGGGAGGAGGGAGUGACAAUCACAGAGGUACCCGUAGACGAGGAAGAAACCACUGUCACAGAACGUUCUGUGGCCGUUGUCACGCAACCGGUCGAGGAAGAGAAAACAGAGGUUCAGGAAAGAACAGACAAAGAGGAAGAACUGGUAAUAGUAGAAAAGACAGGAAAAGGAGUAAUGAAGCAAAGGAAGAAGAAAAUAGUGAAGCAGGAAUCUGAGGAAGAGAUAGAAUUUGAGAUUGAAAUUGUUGGUGGUGGGAAACGAAAGAUCAAAAAGACAAUUAAGGCUGUCAGGCCUGACACAGAAGAGGAAUACAUUUCAGAAGAGCACACGGAAGAACUGAGGCCACUACCCGAUAUGUCCCUGAAAGGACUUCCCCUUGUUAGCAUGCCCAUGCAGAUGGCGGAGACUGUGCCAUUGGCACACACCACUGAAAUAUUAACUGGAAAACUGGCAGAAGAACACGUUAAGGUGAGCAUGCUCACUCACACUGCUAUUUCGGAACAAGAAGUGUCGCUGGAAGAGCAUGAACAGUAUGCACCAGGGGGUGUAAAACCUGAAGGCGCAAAAGCAGAACCAACCAUGGACACAAUCCAGCCAUACGAAGUGACGGAACAUGACGUGCAAGCACAGCCUGGUGUGUUUGAGACAACAUUCAAGCCACAGACGUUCGAAGCCAGCAAGACCAUUGUGCCCAGCGAAGGAAUCUUGGUCAGUGAAACUACGGCUGACCAUAAGACCGGAGACAUACCGGACAUGAAGGCUGUGCAACAAACGCAGGCAACUCUGUCCAUGCUGCUGAAAGAAGCCACUGCAGUGACUGAGAUGCUCGUAUCGCAAAAGGAGGGCGACAUGAAACCCGAAUCUAUCCCUCAGAGCCGCUACGCAUUGCAAGCCGUGGUACCACAGGAGAGUUUGUCCAUCACAGAAGUCAACGAAGCGCAAUCAGAAAACAAACUGGAUUCUUUGGCAAAACCAACGCCAGUCAAGCCACGAAUGGACGUCCCGUCAGUAGAGCCGCUGAUCGUCAGCGAAGUGUUUGCCGAGACGAAGCCAGGGAAGUAUUACCCUGAGUUGUUUGUCGCCACAGAGGUGGCCACCAAAACUGUAAUAACGCAAAAACAAGUCACAGUACAUGAAACACACGCGCCAGAGGCAGAAGGGGAAUAUGUCCCUGGAAGACUGCCUUCCUCUCAGCUAGCCGGCCUUAGCAUAACUCCUGGAGAGACACUGGUCGUGUCUCAAGUAAGCGUGCAAGAAAAGGAAGGCGACUUAGGACUGCAACGCAAACCAGAUAAGUUCCAAGCUAAGCAGGACUUGGCAGUUCUGGAAGGUAUUUCAGUUAGCCAAGUAGAAACUCAAAUGCCUCAGCAAGAGUUCACUGUUGACGUGAAUGAAGAAAGGACGGCAGAAGUAGAUUUCAGCGAGCGUGAAUCAUUUGUCAUGCUGGAAACUACAGUAGGGGAGAAAGAGGGGCAGUUUAUGCCAGGUGAUAAGCCACAAGGAAAACAGGCUGAUACUUCUAUAAUAUGUUUAGAGAUAUCAGAUGUUUCUCUGCCUGUCAUUCAAGAUUCUGAAAGUGAUCUUGUACAUGCAAAGAAACCUCUUGGAGCAUAUGCAGAAGCUAGUAUUAGACCAGAAGAGUCUAUUGCUGUUUCCGAGGUACUGCCAGAAACUGCACCUACAGAAUUCCAUGACAUUUUACGAUACCGUACCGAUGAGGCAACAGUCAACGUCGAAACUCAGGAAGCAAAGCAGAUUGCUGUCACAGUCACCCAAGAAAAGGAAGGCACCAUGGAGAGUGUAGAAGCACCACAAACAUGUAAGGUGGAGGAAGCUUUUAUGCCCCAGACAGGAAUUUCAGUGCUUCAAACACAGACAGUAGAAAAAGAAGGUGAUUUCAAAGCUCCUGAGUUACCGGAGAGCCAUAAGGUGAAAACAGCUCCUACCCAUCCGGUGCAUAGUCUUGUUGUGGAGGAAACACUCCCGGAAGGAUCAACUGGUGACUUAGAGAAGUACAAACCUGAAACUGGGGUGGCUAAGAUGGAGCAGGACGUCUUCCAAGAAACAGUUAUCGAGGAAGCCAUAAUGGGUGAAGGUCUGAAAGAACACAAACCUAAAGAUCAUCCUGGUCAGAAGGUAGCUGAUGUUUCAAUCCGUGAGGAGGAAGGCGUCACGGUCACGGAAGUAAUCAUACAAGACAAGGAGGCAACAUACACUCAGCCUGAUCUGCCAUCCCAAUAUUUUGCACAUCCCGAGUUUUCACCUCAGAAAGUCGCUGUCAAGUCGGAAGUUUUACCAGACUCUAUGACUGGCCCACUGAUUGAAGAUGUACCUGUAGUUGGCACAGCCAAAACAGAACAGACAACAUUGGAGAGUUUGUUAGUGACAUUGACUCAAAUGGUUGAAAGAGAAGGGGAUUUCAAAAGGGAUAUGAUACCAGACACUAAGGAAGCUAAUUUGGAAUGGAAUGAAAGCAUGUCUGGCAUUUCUGUUCUUCAAGUGAUAACACAUGACAAAGAAACAGAGUAUCUAAAAGAAGAUAUGCCCAAACAGGUGACAGCUACUCCUAGUGUCCCCAGUCAUGACAUUGCCAUAAAGUCUGAAAUUUUACCCGAACACAACGUGAGUAUUCUUCAUCCAGAGGAACGACAGCUAGGGAGGGCAAAACCAGAAAAUGAACCAUACCAAGAACUUGUUGUCACAGAGACCACAAUUACGGAAGUGGAAAAAGAACUGAGCAAAGAUACUAGCCCUGAGAGUAAGAAAGCAGAAGUCACUGUAGAUGCUGGGGAGGGGAUAUCUGUAACAGAAGUUGUAGCUGACUACAGAGAAGAUAUUCUGGAAUCAUUGGAUAUUCCAAAGCAAAGGAAUGCCUUAGUAGAUGUUUUUGGCCACGAAGUUGCUCAAAAAGAGGUGGUUAUAAUUGAUGAAAAUGUAAGUGAGUUAAUGGAAAAGGUCCCUGCUGAGGUGAAAGCACACCCUGAGCAAGAGGCACUAGAAUGUGCUCUCCUCUCACAGCCUACAAUUGGUGAAAAAGAGGGAGAAUAUGUGGGCGACAUUAAGCCUGAUCAUAAAAAAGCAGAGCUCUUGUUUGAAGAAGGGCAGGUAAUAAGUGUAACUGAAAUUAUAGCUCAGGACAAAGAACAGCCUAUGAUGACACCAGAGGCCCCUAAGCAAAGUAAAGCAACGUCGGAUAUUACCGGUCAGACAGUGGCUGUCAGUUCAGAGGUCAUUACGGAUCUCAGCAUUGAGGAGAUCAUUCCAAAAGAACCCAGUUUUGCAGAAGCCAAACCUGGACAAAUUCCUUUCCAGAGUAUUAUACUGAGUGAAAUGACAGUCCGAGAAAAAGAAUCAGAAUAUAAAGAUUACAUUAUGCCAGAACUUAAAAAUGCUGAAACAAAUUUUGAAGAAGGUCAGGGUAUAACAGUAACUUUAUUCACCCUGCAUGAUAAGGAAAGUGAAUUUGUUACUCCAGAUCAGCCAAAAGGUGUAUUAGCUGAACCUGAUAUUGUUGCGCAAGAAGUUGCAGAGAAGACUGAAAUUGUUCCUGAAAAUACUACAGGGCAUCUUUCUCGAGAGUCCCCAGAAAAAGCACAGGCAGUAGCCGAGCAGCUGCCGUACAAAAGUGUUAUGCAGUCGGAAGUUUCUGCGAUUGAAAAAGAAGGUGAUUUUAAAGAUUCUUUUACUCCAGAUACAAAAAGUGCCUUUGUAAGUUUCGAAGAAAUAAAAGGUGUAUCAGUCACUGAAGUUGUUUGCCAAGAUCAGGAAAGUACAUAUGAUGCACCAGGCAAACCAGAAGGUAAAUUUGCCAAACCAGAUAUAUUUGGUCAUGAAGUUGCUUUAAAAAUGGAGGUAACCACUGAAAAUCAGACAGGGGAUAUUGUCACUGAAAUACCAAAGGGAAGUGUUGCUUCUUCUGAGCAGCUUCCUUUCGAAAGCGUAGAACUUUCCGAGGCUCAAGUGCAGGAAUGUGAAGGUCAGUUUGAAGGAAAAUUAAAGUUGACGUUCAAAAGUGCAGAGCUAGCAUUUGAGGAAGAGCACGGGAUUGCAGUGACUGAAGUUACAGUUGAUGACAAAGAAGGUUUGUAUGAAGCACUUAGCAAGCCUAAGCAAAGAACUGCCUUGCCAAACAUUAGUGGUCAAGAGAUUGCAGAAAUAUCUGAAGUCAUACCUGAAUUUGGCCUGGGCGACAUCCAGGAAAAGGCAGCGGUCACAGCCACUGCGAUCCCGGAGCAGCUGACUUUCGAAAGUAUAAUACAGACGGUUGCCACAACCGGUGAGCACGAAGAUAAAUUCUCUGACUUCCAAGUACCUGCAACAAAGAAAGCAGAAGUACUGUUUGAAGAGGGUCAGAGCAUUGUGGUCACAUCUGUAACUCCAGAAGACAAAGAAAGUGAGUGUACUCCGAGAGAAAAGGAAAAAGAAAGGACAGCAGGUGUAAACAUCUCGGGCCACGAGGUGGCGGAGAAAUCUGAAAUAGUCCAUGACAUAAGCAUCGGAGAACUUGUUGAAGUUGCACCAGUGUCAGCUCAAGCUCGAGCUGAACAACUACCAUACGAAAGUGUUGUUCUGACAGAACAUACAGUUAAUGAACACGAAGGCACAUUCCUUGGAGAUAAAAAGCCUAGCACACGAGAAGCCGAAUUGGAUUAUGAAGUUGAACACAGUUUGACUAUUUCUGAAGUAACUCUAGGUGACAAAGAACUUUUAUACAAAGCUCCAGAGCUCCCCAGUGGUAAGAGAGCAUUCCCAGAUGUUACUGAAAGUCAAGAAGUAGCAGAACAACUAGAAACUAUCCCGCAACACUCAGUGACAUCUUUGGAGCAAGCAAAGUUUAUCCCGGAGCAAGCACAUCCUGGUCAGGAAACACUUCAGUGUGUAGUGGUUUCUCAAGAUUUAGUCCAGGAAACUGAAACAGAGUUUACUGGAAAGUUCAAGCCUGUAACUAAAAAUAUUGACAUCACCAUCGAAGAAGGCAAGAAAGUGCUAGUGGUAUCAGAAGUAUUAGUUGAGGACAAGGAAGGCGAAAUAAGUGCGACAGAUACACCUAAACACAGACAGGCUCGGCCAGAUGUUGCAGGACAUGAAGUAGCCCAACAUUCAGAAAUUCUAACGGAUAUAUGCUUGGGAGAAAUGCCUUUAGCAAAAACCCAUAACAUUACAGCAAACGUAGAACAAGUUCCCUUUGAAAGCCUGGUUCAAAGUGAAGCAAUCAUCAGUGAAUCUGAGCGUGAACUAAAACAUGACCUUAGGAUUGUCACGAAAAGUGCAGAAGUUACAUUUGAGGAAGGAAAAAGUAUCACUGUCAGUCAAGUUAUGAUACAAGACAAAGAAGAGACUUGUCCUUCGUUAGAGAAACCAAAGGAAAUUACUGCCACCUCUGAGAUACUAGGCAAAGAAGUGGCACAAAAAUCUGAAGUUCUGACAGAAAUGGGAAUUUCAGAGUUGUCAUUAACCACUCCAGUGCCUGCUAAAGCUUCCAGUGAACCUGUUCCUUUUGAAAGUUUGGUGUUGACAGAAGCAGCACUUCGUGAAUGUGAAGGUGACUUUCAAGGGAUAUUCAAACCAGAAACAAAGACAGCAGAAUUAACUUUUGAAGAAGGUAAAGGUGUAACUAUCACUGAAGUAUAUCCAGAGGACAAAGAAGAACUCAGUGUCACACCUGACAAACCAACAGCUCGAAAGGCACAACCAGAAAUAGUACCACACGUAGUUGCACAAAAGUCGGAAGUAAUUGCAGAUGUCACUGUAGGGGACUUUGUUUCGAAGCAAGCCCAAAAAACUGUUGCUACUUUGAACCAAGAACCAUUUGAAAGUAUAAUUCAGGCUGAGGCUAUAGUUCAAGAACAAGAGACAGAGUUGAGCGAGAGUUUACAGUUAGUAAGAAAGACUGCUGACCUGUUGUUUGAGGAGGGAAAAAGUUUAAGUGUUACUCAAGUAACUACUGAGGAUAAAGAAUCAGCUUUUAUAACAGAAGAGCUCCCAAAACAAACCACAGCUCAGACUAAAAUAAUAAGUCAAGAGUCACUGCAACAAGACAUAGUUCGCACAGAAAUGCAUGUUAACCCACUUGAAGUCAGUUUUCCAAAAGAGGAAAGAGCACAUCCUGAGCAAAGCAUUAUAGAAAGUUUAGUUAUAUCUGAAAAUAUUAUUCAUGAACAGGAAGGUACUUUUGAUAAAGAUUUUAAACCAUCCACUAAGAAAGCACAAAUUGAAUUUGAAGAAAAAAAUGUAUUAGCAGUAUCAGAGGUAGUCUUGCAAGAUAAAGAAGAUGACUACGUCAUAUCAGCUAAGCCUAAAGAAAGGAAAGCAGUAUUGGAUGUGCUUACCCAGGAGGUUGCAGAGAAAUCUGAAGUGAUAGUUCAGUUUGGGUAUGAAAAGUUUUCAGAGAAACACCCAGAUUUAGCAACUGCAAAGGCAGAACAAAUUCCUCUGGAAAGUCUCGUGCAAACACAAACUAUGGCUGGCGAACAAGCAGAACAAUUUGAAGGAACAUUCAAAGCAGAACAGAAGAGUGCUGAACUUUCACUUGAAGAGACGCAGAAGGUUGUAACGGUAACUCAGAUCGUGGCUGAAGAUAAGGAAGGUGAAUAUGUAAAUGAGGAAGCACCACAGCGGCAUACGGCUCAUCCAGACAUACUGGGACAGGAAGUGGUUCAGCAGACAGAGAUUGUGACAGCCAUAAGUGCUGGAACCAUUCUGGAAGAUGCUAUUCCGCUUGGGAAGCAAGCAGUCCCUCAGCAGAUACCGUACGAGAGCGUGCUGCAGUCAGAAACUUCGGUGCAAGAGAAAGAGGGAGUCAUUUCUCCGAGCGAGAAACCUGUGACAACACAAGCCAGUUUACAGUUCCAGGAAAACAAGAGCAUAACCAUCACAGAAGUGAUGGUGCAGGACAAGGAGGCAACAAAGGUCAUCACAGGGAAAGCUACACAAGGGGUUGCCCAGCCUGAUAUCGUGGGACGGGAAGUGGCCUUGAAACUUGAGGUUCUUCCAGAAAAUGAACUCGGUCAGCUCGAGAGCAUUGUUCCAGCAACGUGUGUUGCUAAACCAGCCAUGCCGCAACAGCAUGGCCUUAUCGUUUCCGAAGUCCAAACUACAGGGGAAGUGGAGUCUCCACUUGCAGAGUUGGUGAAACCAGACUCUAAAUCCAUCAGUAUUUCACUAGAAGAAAGAGACACAAAUCUUGUGGUUACACAAGUUCAACCUGAGGAUAUGGAGGGUGAGUAUCAAGUAGCUAGUAGAAAAGAGGAAUAUGGUGUAAUGCAUUUAGAUUCAAACUAUGCACUGUUAGAGGAGGAAGUUAUCCCAGACAGUAUUCUUGAUUCUUUUGUUAGCUCUAGUGUUAAGACACAGCCACAACAUGCAGACUUAACCGACACAAUCCAUAAAACACCAGUUGAAGUCACUGAGAUAACAACAGGGGAACAGGAAGGUACAUUAAAUACACUGGUAGUUCCAGACUCCAAAAGUGCAGAACUUCUUUUUGAAGAUUCAGAAAGGGAAAUAACAGUGGUGGAGGCUAUAUUAAGUGAGCGUGAGGAGGUUUUUGUGACAGAACGGGAACAAAAGAACUUUGCAUUACUGAACAUUGUACCAAACCAAACUAUUAUUAUUGAAGAAAUUAAACCUAGUGAACCUGUAGACAGUUUUUAUGUUCCUAAGCCUACAGAACACAAAACCAAGGUUAGUUCAGAACUUAAUGAAGGAUUAGUGGUAACAGAAAUGACUUUAGCUGAAACAGAAAAUAAUUUACAGAGUGAAUCUAUUAAAUGCACUUCAGGUAAAGCUGAUGUAGCUUUUGUAGAAAAGAUUGGUAUUGUAGUAUGUGAAAAUCAUCCACAACAAGAAGCUAAUAACUUACCUAUUGAUUUAGAGAGAUCUUCAGUUGUUGCAAAUAUGGACAUUUUAGCUGCAGUGGCACCAGUAAUUGAAGAACCUUUACAAAUUGCUAGCGUGGGUGAUCUACAAAUCCCAAUUUUAAAGAAACAAGUAGAAGCUGAAACAAAAAUAAUUCUGGAUCAGUCUGUGGUAACACAGCAGUUAAUGCCAGAAGAAAGUGUUGCAUAUAUUGAGAAAGAAGAAAGGAUUCCAGAUACAAUACAAAUUGAAGGUAAGUGUGUCACAACAGAAGCUGUUAUUACUGAAGAGACAGAGGCACAACACAUCGCAGUCGAGAUGAAGACAGAAGACUUGAAUGAAUCGAAACACGCAGGUAUUAAAGUGACGACUAUGUGUGCAUUGCAAGCGAUUGAAUCACAGCUAACAGAGAGUACUGUAAGAAUGAAAGAUGCAGAAAAAUAUCAUGAACGAGUUGCAGAGCAGAAAUUAUUACAGGCAAGUGCUACUGUAACUGAACAGAUAUUACUGAGUGAAAAUGCAGAACUAUUUACUGAACAGAAGUUUGGACAACGUACUGCAAAACCAAACACAGUUGAGAAGGUAACGGCAAUACAAGAACAAGUAACACUGGAAGAGUCCACUGGAGACAUACAGGCAUAUAAAUCUUCACAAGUAGCAUUUGCAAAAUCUGAUAUUAUAAACAGCGAAGCCAUUUUAACAGAACAGCCAGAAACAAAUGAACAACCUGAAUAUUUUACAGAUAAAGAAAUUUUGAAGGAAAAGUUUGCAAAAAAAGAAAUAGUAGGCCUACCCGCUUUAGUGGCAACAAAAGAACACAUUGAAGCAAGCGAAAGCCUUGAUAACUUAUCAUUUGAAUCAUAUCCAACCAAAUCAGUGAACAAAAUUUUUGUUGUUUCAGAAAAUGCUGUGAUAAGAGAUGAAACACGUACACUUGAGGACACAACAAAUAUACCAAGAAUAGCAGAUCAUCAAGUACUCUUAGCACAUGAAGAGUUAGUCGCUUCACAUGCAAUUCACACAGAACAACCGGAAAUCAGUGAAGUAAUAUUGCCUAUAAGAGGAGAAGAAAUGGUGAAAAAACAGCAAGCAAGUACUAAACUCAUAGAAAAACAAGUAUUUACAACUGAAGAAAUAGUACUACAAGAAGGUGUACUAGAACUUUGUGACAGAAAAGAGAGCAAAGAAAUUAGGGCGACAGAAGACAUUACAGCAGUAACAGCUGUUGUUAUAGAACAACAAAUGACUCAAGAAAUUGUAACUCAGAUGGCAAUAAAUAAACUGCAACAAGAAACUGAAGCAAAAGAAAUCAUUGUAGUUAAUGAAAAUCUCAUAACUGAACAACCUGCAACAACUGAACAUACUUCAGAUUUUCAAAUAGGCACAUUACAAACAGAAGUAACUGCACAAGAACAAGUGAUUGGCCAUACAGCUGUAGUUGUUGAACAACAUUCAACAGAGGAGCAAUCAAAUAUUGUUAAAGAAACAUUUGUUAGUAAACCCACUCAUGCAAAGCCAAACAUAAUUGGUCACAAAGUUGCCACAGUUGAACAAAGAAUACCUCAAGAGCUAGCCACUGAAUUGCCCCAAGCUAUCUUAGCUAAUAAAAAGGAAGCAGAGCCUGAAAUGCUUAGUCACGAAUUUUUAGUAACUGAGCAACAAGUAAUACAAGAACAAACAAUAGAUUUACCAAGGGCAGUUUCAGCAAAGGAGACUCAAGCAAAACCAGACAUACAGGCUCAUGAAGUUGCAAUCACACAACACAAUGUACCACAAGAGAAAGCCACUGAUCUACCUAAAGCUACAUCUGCUAAAGAAUUGGAAGCAAUGCCAGAAUUAUUUCUCCUUGAAAUUGCAAUGACUGAACAAAAAAUUGUUCUUGAACAAACAACUGAUUUACCAGGAGCAAUUGUAGCAAAAGAAUCUCAGGCAAGAACAGAUAUACUUGGCCGUGAAGUUGCAGUCACUCACCAACAUCUAACUCAAGAGCAAACUACAGAUUUACCCAUGGCCACAUCAGCUAAGGAAUUUGAAGCAAAGCCAGAUGUAGUUGGUCAUGAAGUUGCUAUAACUGAGCAAAAUAUUACACAGGAGCAAACAACUGAUUUGCCUGGAGCAAUCACAGCUAAAGAAAGUAAAGCAAAAUCAGACAUUAUUGGUCGUGAAGUUGCUGUCACUGAAGAGAAAAUUACUCAAGAGCAUGUCAUGGAUCUACCAGAUGUUGCUUCAGCAAAAGAAACUCAAGCCAAACCAGAUAUACUUGGCCGCGAAGUUGCAGUCACUCACCAACAUCUGACUCAAGAGCAAACCACAGAUUUACCUUUGACUGCAGCUAAGGAAUUUGAAGCAAAGCCAGAUGUAAUUGGUCAUGAAGUGGCAAUAACUGAACAAAAUGUUACACAGGAGCAAACAACUGAUUUGCCUGGAACAAUCACAGCUAAAGAAAGUAAAGCGCAAUCAGAGAUAGUUGGUCAUGAAGUAGCAGUCACUGAAGAGAAAAUUACUCAAGAGCAUGUCAUGGAUUUACCAGAUAUUGCUUCAGCCAAGGAAACUCAAGCAAAACCAGAUAUACUUGGCCGUGAAGUUGCAAUCACUCACCAACAUCUGACUCAAGAGCAAACCACAGAUUUACCUUUGACUACAGCUAAGGAAUUUGAAGCAAAGCCAGAUGUAAUUGGUCAUGAAGUGGCAAUAACUGAACUAAGUAUUGCACAGGAACAAACAACUGAUUUGCCUGGAGCAAUCACAGCUAAAGAAAGUAAAGCGCAAUCAGAGAUAGUUGGUCAUGAAGUAGCAGUCACUCUGCAACUUCUAUCUGAAGAACAAACAACAGAUUUACCAAAUGUUUUAUUAGCUAAAGAAAUGGAAGCAAAACCACACGUGUUUGGACAUGAAGCAGCUACUAUUGAACAAAAAAUAAUACAGGAGCAAACAGUAGACAUGUCAGGAGAGGUACUCAGAACUGAAGCACAGGCUAAACAGGAGAUGUUAAGUAGAGAAGUGGCAAUUAUUGAGCAAUGCACAACCCAUGAGCAGACGACUGACAUGCCUACAGUUACCUUAGCUAAAGAAAAAGAAGCAAUAUCAGAAUUAUUUGGUCAUGAAGUUGCUGUUACUGAAGAGAAGAUAACUCAAGAGAUUGUCAUAGAUUUACCAGAUUCUACUCCACUAAAAGAAACUCAAGCAAAACCAGAUGUAUUGGGUCAUGAAGUGGCAGUCACUCAACAAAACAUACCACAGGAGCAAACCACAGAUUUACCUGAGGCCGCAUCUGCUAAAGAAUUGGAAGCAAAGCCAGAUGUAUUUGUUCAUGUAAUUGCAAUGACUGAACAAAAUAUUGUUUUUGAACAAACAACUAAUUUACCAGAAGCAAUUGCCAGUAAAGAAACUCAAGCAAAACCAGAUGUACUUGGCCACGAAAUUGCAGUCACUCAUGAACAUCUUACUCAAGAGCAAACCACAGAUCUACCUGUGGCUACAUCAGCUAAGGAAAUGGAAGCAAAGCCAAGUGUAAUUGAUCUUGAAGUGGCUAUAACUGAACAAAAUAUUUUGCAGGAACAAACAUCUGAUUUUCCUGGAGCAAUCAUAGCUAAAGAAAGUAAAUCAAAAUCAGACAUUAUUGGUCGUGAAGUUGCUGUCACUGAAGAGAAAAUUACUCAAGAGCAUGUCAUGGAUUUACCAGAUGCUGCUUCAGCCAAAGAAACUCAAGCAAAACAAGACAUAUUGGGUCAUGAAGUUGCAGUCACUCAACAAAAUAUACUUCAAGAGCAAACUAUAGAUUUACCUGAAAUUACAUCUGUUAAAGAAAUUACUGCUAAAACAGAUGUAUAUGGUCAUGAAGUUGCAGUAACUGAACAAAAAAUAGUAAGUGAACAAACAACUGAUCUACCGAGAGCUAUUAUGGUGAAAGAAUCUCAAGCACAAGCAGACAUAUUUGGCCAUGAAGUUGCAAUAACUCACCAAUAUAUAACUCAAGAGCAAACCACAGAUUUACCUGAGGUCACAUCAUCUAAUGAAUUGGAAGCAAAGCCAGAUGUAAUUGGUCAUGAAAUUGCAAUAACUGAACAAAAAAUAGUUCUUGAACAAACAACUGAUUUGCCUGAUGCUGUGAAAGCUAAUAAAAGUAAAGCACAAUCAGAAAUAAUUGGUCAUGAAAUUGCAGUAACUCAGCAGAAUCUACCUGUAGAGCUAACGGCAGAUUUGCCAGACACUGUAUCAGCUAUAGAAAUGGAAGCUAAGUCACAGAUUUUGGGACGAGAAGCUGCAAUAACGGAACAAAAAACUAUUCAUGAACAGACGUCAGAUUUGUCAACAUUUAUUCUGGCUGAUAAAACAUUAGCUAAGGAAGACAUACUAGGACACGAAGUUGCCGUAACUGAGCAACCUAUUCCUCAAGAACAAACAGUUGAUAUACCAACAGCUGCCUUAGCGAAAGAAACUAAAGCAAAACCUGAACUGUUUGGAUAUGAAGCUAUAACAACUGAACAAAAAGUCGUACAAGAACAAACAGAAGAUAUGCCAAAAGUAGUUUUAGAUAAUGAUGCACAAGCUACACGUGGAAUACAUGGCCGACCAGUUGCUGUUAUAGAGGAGCACAUAGCACAAGAGCGAACAACUAAUUUACCUAAGGCAACCAUCGCUGCAGAGAGGGAAGCAAAGACAGAAAUAUCUAGCACUGAAGUUGCAAUUACUGAGCAGAAAAUAAUCCAAGAACAAAUUAUAAACCUGCCAGAGGCUAUAUCUGUAGAAGAAUUUAAAGCUAAACCAGACAUACUGAGUCGAGAAGUAGCAGUCACUCAGCAACACGUACUUGAAGAGCACACAACUGAAUUGCCUGAGAUGAUAUCAGCCAAAGAACUGGAAGCAAAGCAAGUCUUGUCUGGCCGCCAAGUGGCAAUAAAUAAACAAAAAAUAGCACAUGAACAAACAUCUGAUAUGCCAGAAGCUUUUGAAGCUAAAAAAUCUCAAGCAAAACCCGAUAUAUUUGGCCAUGAAGUUGCAGUAACGUACCAAUAUUUGCCUCAAGAACAGACCACAGAUUUUUUGGGUGUAACAGUAGCACAGGAAUCAAAAGCGAAGCCAGAGGUACUCAGUCUUGAAGCUGCAGUAAUUGAGCAGGAAAUAAUUCAUGAACAAACAGUUGAUUUGCCUGGUACAGGAAGAGCCAGUGAAACAAAAGCAAGAAAAGAAAUUUACGGAUUAGAAGCUAUGGUUACCGAAGAACAUAUUCCACAAGAGCAGGUAUCAGAUUUGCCUGUAAUUUUAUCUGCAAAAGAAAAGAAAUUUCAAGCCAAGCCUAUAUUACUUGGCCAUGAAAGUGCAAUCACUGAACAACAUAUAACACAAGAACAUGCAACAGGCCUUCACACAUUAGAAACUGAAGAAAGUAAAGGAAAAUUAUUGGAUGAAAGUUUUCUGGGUAAGUUAGUUAGCUCUGAUAAAGAUUUGAGUUCUGAGUUGGGUUUAGAAGAAAACGCUUUCACCACUGUUGAGGAAUUAAAACAUAAAAGACUUGAAACUGAAGUUGUAACAGUUAGCAUUGGAAAAGAUCUACAUGAAACACUUAAACAACCUGAUUUUAAACAGGUUACCGAGGUUACAUCAGACACAGAACUUGUGUUAACUGAGGUUUUAGCUGAUGUACUUCAUUUAUCUCUAGAGACAGCUACAGUCAUACAAACAGACAGUGACAUGGGCGUAGCAGUAACUGAGGAGGUUAACACUUCACUAGUUGUAGCUGGAGACAUACAAGCACCAUCUGAUAUUUGUUCUAAUGUUUACCACGAUGUCACACAUUCAUCUCUAUCUGCACAGAUACUUGAGGUAAGUGUACAUGAGAGGGAAGGAACACUCCUGCCGCUGCGCAAAGAGCAAGCAAGACUGCUGUCAGUGGCUGAAGUGUCGGAACACACCUCUCUCAGACAUACUCUGGUCACAGACACACUGCACAGUGAAGAAACACUAACACAGGACCUAAAAAUCACUGAUGCAGUUAAAGAAGAACUUUCAGAACCAGACACAGUAGGACAAGACAAGUAUAAAUUACAAGAAAUCAUGUCACAUGGCACAAACACUGAAGACACGUCUGAAAUUGCAGUCACUAACACUACAUCACAUCAACAUGCCAUUUCAAAAGAGGUCAAACCAGAGCACAGCGAUCAAAAUAUUUAUCUCACAACUACUCUGUCACCUCACGAAACCAUUGACAUUUCAGAGAUGCUGGAGGAGGUUACCAAACAGACAACUCACAUCACAGCUACACAAAGUCUCGAGCAGAUGCCGGUGAUAACUGUGAGUGAAACUACAGCCGAGGACUGGAGAGGUGAGUAUGUUCCGGACACCAGUCAGCCAGAGUUUGCCACCGAAGUCUUAGAACAAUUUGAAACAUCCCAAGAUGGUGAUAGAAUAGUAACAAAGCGAACAGUACGAAGAGUUUUAAAACGUGGGAAGACUAGUAAAGCUACUGAGGAGCCUUCAGAGGGCGAAGGAGUUACGAUAGAAGAAAUUACAGAUGAAGAGGUUCCACAAGAGGAAGAAUUUGAUGUAAUGAAACCUAUUAUUGAUGAAGCAAUAGAAGGAGUAACUGAAACAGAACUAAAAUAUAUCAAAGAAAAACCCUCAAAAGAAGAAAUUGAAAUUGAAACAGUUACAGAUGAUAAAAAGCAGGAAAGAACUCAGAAGAGAAAGAUAAAAAAGAAACUACGAUUUGCAGAUGAACAAAUUAUAAAUGAAGAUAUUAAAGAAAUUACAGAUAUUGAAAAAAGUGAUAUAUUUAUUGAAUCACAGACAAUGGAGGAACUAGAACAUCCAGAAAUCAAAGAAAAGUUAAUUUCAGACCAAAAACACAAAAAACCUAAGGAAGAAGAACCUCAGAAAAUACCAGUUGGAAAAGAGAAGGUGCCACAAAAGGAGCAACCAGAAGAUGAAACAGUGAAGCUAAAGAAAAUUCCAGAAAAACCACAGCCUGGAGAUGAAGAAGAAAAAGUUAAACCAAAGAAAGAUGAGCCAAAGGAGGAAAUUAAGAAAAAGAAAAAGGGCAAGAAAGAUAUUGAUAUGGAGCCAUUUAAACCUUCUGAUACUGAAAAAGAACAACCAGAAAUAAUUAGCCCUGAAAAAAUGGAUUACGAAAAACCUGACAAAGAGGCUCCAGAGGAAGUUAAAUCAAAGAAACCUAAGGAGAAGAAGCCAAAGCCAGAACCAGAAACAGUGGAAAUACCUCUGGUGAAAGGUGUUCCCAAGAAACCAGAGCCAGAAGAAGAAAAGGACAUCACUCUUCGUAAGAAGAUGGGAGAACCUGUACCGGAAAUACCAGAGUCUAUCAAACUGAAGCCUUUUAAGAAAGAAAAACCCUCUGAUGAAGAAGCUCCAAAAGAACUAGAUGUAGGGAAACCAGUUCCUGUGUCUCCAAAGGAUGAAAAUGAGGAAAUUGUACCAAAAACAUUCAAACCAGAAGAGUCGCCAGAAAAAGUGGUUGAAAAAACCAAGAUUAAGAAAAUUAGGAAAAUAAAAAAGCCUAAGGAUGAAAAAGAAAACGAAGAAUUACUGCAGCCUUUAGAAGAUGAAACUGAAGAGAUAGUUAAACCAGAAGCUGACAUAGAAACUGAGGACCAAAAAACUGAAGUCAAGGAUUCUGUUGAAGAAAUACCUAAAAUAGAAGAGCAACCAGAGGAAGUACCUGAAAAGCCAAAAGUUAAGAAAAUAAAGAAAGUUAAGAAACCAGUUACUGGUGAAAAAGAUACAACUGAAGUACCUGAAGACAUCCAGGAAGAAGAAGAAAAAGAGAAAGAAAUACCAGAUUCUUUAGAUAAGACAGAAAAACUGAAGAAAAAGAAAACCAAGGUACCAGUAAAGGGUAAAGAAGAACCAACUGAUGAAGAGACAGUCAUAGAGGGUGAAAUAAAACCAGAUAAAAUCAAGCCUAAAUUGCAGUUAAUGAAAAUUGAACGUAAGGAAAUGAAACCUACUAAACUCAAGAUAGUUGAAGUGUCAAAAGAACCGGAUUUACCACUGUUUGCCCAGGUCAAACUCAAGAAAUCACCAGUACAAAAGAAAGAUAUCAAAAGUGUUUCCAUCCCAAAAGUGUUGUUAAAGAGUAACAUUAAGUUUAUUCCUUAUCCACCUGAAGAAUUGAAACCUUUGAUCACUUUGCUUAAUGUUAAACUAGAUCGUGGAAUACUGUCAAGAAACACACAAGAGGCUCUUAAGUUACAAAAGAAGAAAAUUAAGAAAGUAAAGCUGAGUGGCAAAGAAGAAACAGAACUGGAAGAAUUUAAAACUGAUCUAGAAGAAUAUGAAAAACCAGAAGAUUCAGAAAUCCAAGAGAAGCCUCUUUGGGAGAGAGAACCCAAGAAACCUGACACUCAGGAAGAAGAGCCUCAGAAAAUACCAGUUGGAAAAGGGAAGGUGCCACAAAAGGAGCAACCAGAAGAUGAAACAGUGAAGCUAAAGAAAAUUCCAGAGAAACCACAGCCUGGAGAUGAAGAAGAGAAAGUUAAACCAAAGAAAGAUGAGCCAAAGGAGGAAAUUAAGAAAAAGAAAAAGGGCAAGAAAGAUAUUGAUAUGGAGCCAUUUAAACCUUCUGAUAUUGAAAAAGAACAACCAGAAAUAAUAAGUCCUGAAAAAAUGGAUUACGAAAAACCUGACAAAGAGGCUCCAGAGGAAGUUAAAUCAAAGAAACCUAAGGAGAAGAAGCCAAAGCCAGAACCAGAAACAGUGGAAAUACCUCUGGUGAAAGGUGUUCCCAAGAAACCAGAGCCAGAAGAAGAAAAGGACAUCACUCUUCGUAAGAAGAUGGGAGAACCUGUACCGGAAAUACCAGAGUCUAUCAAACUGAAGCCUUUUAAGAAAGAAAAACCCUCUGAUGAAGAAGCUCCAAAAGAACUAGUUGUAGGGAAACCAGUUCCUGUGUCUCCAAAGGAUGAAAAUGAGGAAAUUGUACCAAAAACAUUCAAACCAGAAGAGUCGCCAGAAAAAGUGGUUGAAAAAACCAAGAUUAAGAAAAUUAGGAAAAUAAAAAAGCCUAAGGAUGAAAAAGAAAACGAAGAAUUACUGCAGCCUUUAGAAGAUGAAACUGAAGAGAUAGUUAAACCAGAAGCUGACAUAGAAACUGAGGACCAAAAAACUGAAGUCAAGGAUUCUGUUGAAGAAAUACCUAAAAUAGAAGAGCAACCAGAGGAAGUACCUGAAAAGCCAAAAGUUAAGAAAAUAAAGAAAGUUAAGAAACCAGUUACUGGUGAAAAAGAUACAACUGAAGUACCUGAAGACAUCCAGGAAGAAGAAGAAAAAGAGAAAGAAAUACCAGAUUCUUUAGAUAAGACAGAAAAACUGAAGAAAAAGAAAACCAAGGUACCAGUAAAGGGUAAAGAAGAACCAACUGAUGAAGAGACAGUCAUAGAGGGUGAAAUAAAACCAGAUAAAAUCAAGCCUAAAUUGCAGUUAAUGAAAAUUGAACGUAAGGAAAUGAAACCUACUAAACUCAAGAUAGUUGAAGUGUCAAAAGAACCGGAUUUACCACUGUUUGCCCAGGUCAAACUCAAGAAAUCACCAGUACAAAAGAAAGAUAUCAAAAGUGUUUCCAUCCCAAAAGUGUUGUUAAAGAGUAACAUUAAGUUUAUUCCUUAUCCACCUGAAGAAUUGAAACCUUUGAUCACUUUGCUUAAUGUUAAACUAGAUCGUGGAAUACUGUCAAGAAACACACAAGAGGCUCUUAAGUUACAAAAGAAGAAAAUUAAGAAAGUAAAGCUGAGUGGCAAAGAAGAAACAGAACUGGAAGAAUUUAAAACUGAUCUAGAAGAAUAUGAAAAACCAGAAGAUUCAGAAAUCCAAGAGAAGCCUCUUUGGGAGAGAGAACCCAAGAAACCUGACACUCAGGAAGAAGAGCCUCAGAAAAUACCAGUUGGAAAAGGGAAGGUGCCACAAAAGGAGCAACCAGAAGAUGAAACAGUGAAGCUAAAGAAAAUUCCAGAGAAACCACAGCCUGGAGAUGAAGAAGAGAAAGUUAAACCAAAGAAAGAUGAGCCAAAGGAGGAAAUUAAGAAAAAGAAAAAGGGCAAGAAAGAUAUUGAUAUGGAGCCAUUUAAACCUUCUGAUAUUGAAAAAGAACAACCAGAAAUAAUAAGUCCUGAAAAAAUGGAUUACGAAAAACCUGACAAAGAGGCUCCAGAGGAAGUUAAAUCAAAGAAACCUAAGGAGAAGAAGCCAAAGCCAGAACCAGAAACAGUGGAAAUACCUCUGGUGAAAGGUGUUCCCAAGAAACCAGAGCCAGAAGAAGAAAAGGACAUCACUCUUCGUAAGAAGAUGGGAGAACCUGUACCGGAAAUACCAGAGUCUAUCAAACUGAAGCCUUUUAAGAAAGAAAAACCCUCUGAUGAAGAAGCUCCAAAAGAACUAGUUGUAGGGAAACCAGUUCCUGUGUCUCCAAAGGAUGAAAAUGAGGAAAUUGUACCAAAAACAUUCAAACCAGAAGAGUCGCCAGAAAAAGUGGUUGAAAAAACCAAGAUUAAGAAAAUUAGGAAAAUAAAAAAGCCUAAGGAUGAAAAAGAAAACGAAGAAUUACUGCAGCCUUUAGAAGAUGAAACUGAAGAGAUAGUUAAACCAGAAGCUGACAUAGAAACUGAGGACCAAAAAACUGAAGUCAAGGAUUCUGUUGAAGAAAUACCUAAAAUAGAAGAGCAACCUGAGGAAGUACCUGAAAAGCCAAAAGUUAAGAAAAUAAAGAAAGUUAAGAAACCAGUUACUGGUGAAAAAGAUACAACUGAAGUAUCUGAAGACAUCCAGGAAGAAGAAGAAAAAGAGAAAGAAAUACCAGAUUCUUUAGAUAAGACAGAAAAACUGAAGAAAAAGAAAACCAAGGUACCAGUAAAGGGUAAAGAAGAACCAACUGAUGAAGAGACAGUCAUAGAGGGUGAAAUAAAACCAGAUAAAAUCAAGCCUAAAUUGCAGUUAAUGAAAAUUGAACGUAAGGAAAUGAAACCUACUAAACUCAAGAUAGUUGAAGUGUCAAAAGAACCGGAUUUACCACUGUUUGCCCAGGUCAAACUCAAGAAAGCACCAGUACAAAAGAAAGAUAUCAAAAGUGUUUCCAUCCCAAAAGUGUUGUUAAAGAGUAACAUUAAGUUUAUUCCUUAUCCACCUGAAGAAUUGAAACCUUUGAUCACUUUGCUUAAUGUUAAACUAGAUCGUGGAAUACUGUCAAGAAACACACAAGAGGCUCUUAAGUUACAAAAGAAGAAAAUUAAGAAAGUAAAGCUGAGUGGCAAAGAAGAAAAAGAACUGGAAGAAUUUAAAACUGAUCUAGAAGAAUAUGAAAAACCAGAAGAUUCAGAAAUCCAAGAGAAGCCUCUUUGGGAGAGAGAACCCAAGAAACCUGACACUCAGGAAGAAGAGCCUCAGAAAAUACCAGUUGGAAAAGGGAAGGUGCCACAAAAGGAGCAACCAGAAGAUGAAACAGUGAAGCUAAAGAAAAUUCCAGAGAAACCACAGCCUGGAGAUGAAGAAGAAAAAGUUAAACCAAAGAAAGAUGAGCCAAAGGAGGAAAUUAAGAAAAAGAAAAAGGGCAAGAAAGAUAUUGAUAUGGAGCCAUUUAAACCUUCUGAUAUUGAAAAAGAACAACCAGAAAUAAUAAGUCCUGAAAAAAUGGAUUACGAAAAACCUGACAAAGAGGCUCCAGAGGAAGUUAAAUCAAAGAAACCUAAGGAGAAGAAGCCAAAGCCAGAACCAGAAACAGUGGAAAUACCUCUGGUGAAAGGUGUUCCCAAGAAACCAGAGCCAGAAGAAGAAAAGGACAUCACUCUUCGUAAGAAGAUGGGAGAACCUGUACCGGAAAUACCAGAGUCUAUCAAACUGAAGCCUUUUAAGAAAGAAAAACCCUCUGAUGAAGAAGCUCCAAAAGAACUAGAUGUAGGGAAACCAGUUCCUGUGUGUCCAAAGGAUGAAAAUGAGGAAAUUGUACCAAAAACAUUCAAACCAGAAGAGUCGCCAGAAAAAGUGGUUGAAAAAACCAAGAUUAAGAAAAUUAGGAAAAUCAAAAAGCCAAUUGAAGCUAUUUCAGAACCAAUUGGCGAAAUAUUGACUGAGGAAACACUUAUUAUACCUGUGUGUGAUAAAAAGACUGUUGUAGGUGAUAUUGGAUUAACUGUUGCAGAGUCAGUUUCAGUGGAACAAAAAUCAUUGUUAGAGGGUGUAGAUGAAUUCGUUUCAGUUGACAAGUCACCAGAGGUAAAAGCAGAACCUGUGGUGUAUCCUCAUCAGUCCUUGUCCGUCGAGGAAGUGCAGUCGGAACAUGCAGGUGAGAUUUUACAUGAUAAACCAAAGACAGAAACAGACAAAGCUGUUGUAAUUGUUCCAAAACAGUUUCCAGCAGUUGUUGAACAUACAGAACCACUGGAGUCACUUUCCACAGUCAAUAUCACUGACAGUUUUUCAGAUAAAGCAACACUACACCUACAGCCACAAGAUACAGUUUCAGUGACACAAAUUAUUACAGAACAAAAAGAGGUCACAUUAAUACAGACUGUACCAGAAACUACGUCAGCAACUUUUGAUAUACCAGAAAAUGAAUCGGUAAGUAUUAGUGAGGUGAAAACCUCAGAAUCAGUUGCUGACUUCGAUACUCCACAAAUAGAUCAUGAAUCAUUACUUCCUAAACCAACACCUACCAUAACAGAGGCAAUAAUUGUGACUCAGGUAGAUUUGGCACAAGUAACAGAUGAAGAUAUCAAACCUCAGAAACAACCUAUACCACAAACAGCUGAGAGAAAACAUUCUACACAAGAACCUAUUCAGGUUCAAGAAGUGAGCACAGAACAGAUUGCCUUAUCUCUAUCACUUGAAGAAACAGAACACACAACAGCACAAAUGCAGAACGUCGUCCAGAAACGACUGGAAGCAAUUACAGUAACAGAAGUCUCUACAGACACAAAGGAAAGAGACCUUGACCACUUUACAACACCACAAGAACAAGCCACAAUUAUUACUCUACAAAAUGAACACUUGAAUGUUACUCAAAUUGAACCUACCCUAUUUGCAGGUGAUAUAUCUGAGACUUCUUUGCCCCAAGAAGAGCAGGUAAGGCCACUAAUUUCAUCAGAAAAUGUUCCGGAGGUUGAAGAGUUUCUGCCCGAUGUGAAAGAAGCUGCUCCAAGUAUUCAGCCGUUAGAAAGUACUUCUACAGAUCUACCAAAGAAGUCAAAGAAGAAAAAGAAGGUUACUGAAAAACAACCCCUAAUAUCUCAAGAAAUUGAUGGUGACAAGUUUGAUACAGUAGAUGAAAUAAGUGAACAAGAAACUGACGUCCAGAAGGCCCGCGAAACAAUUGUUACUACUGAUGGAGUAAUUGUAACUGAAGUAUCUCCAGAAAUUGCAACAGAAGCCCAAAGGCCACAAGAUGUACCUGCUGAUGUGGCUAAAGAAUUGACUUCCACACCAUUACAUGAAAAAGCAGUGACAACAGAAACAAAGACAGAAAAGAAGCCAACAAAAAAGAAGAAAAAGCUAGUUGAUGAUACAGUAAAGGCAGAGGAAAGUGAAGAACCUGAACUUAAAAUGAUUGACACAAAUGAUAUUCUUGAAGAAGUUUCCAAACCAAUUAUUGACAAACCCAGUAAACUCUUAGACAUAAAACCAAAAGAAAAGAAACCAAAAGAAAAGAAACCAAAACCUGAAAAAUUAGAACACGUGCCACAGAUGAUGAAAAUUGAAAGAAAGGAAAUUAAACCCACUAAAUUAAAAAUUACUGAGAUAUCGAAGGAACCAGAAGUGCCCAUGUUUGCCCAAGUUAAACUCAGAAAAGCAUCAGUGCAAAAAAGAGAAAUACAGGCAGUUGAAAUUCCAAAAAUAUUGCUUAAAAGCAAUAUAAAAUAUUUUGAGUAUCCUCCUCAGGAACAGAAACCUGUUAUAACCUACAUGCAUGUAACAUAUGAUAAAGGGAUAUUAUCAAGAAAUACCAAAGAGGCUUUGAAACUACAGAAAAAGAAAUUAAAAAAGAUAAAGCUUUCAGAAAAAGAAGAUGUAGAUUUAGAGGGCUAUGAAUCUCCUGAUACUGAAGAUUCAACAAAACCAAUUGAUGAAGAUGACAAGGAAAAACCUUCAUGGGAAAAAGUCCAAAAGAAACCGGAUAUUGAUGAAGAAAAACCACAAAAAAUAACAAUUGGCAAAGGAAAAGUACCCAAAGAGGAGCAACCUGAACCUGAGGCAGUGAAACUAAAGAAAAUUCCAGAGAAACCACUUCCUGAUGAAGAUGAAGAAAAAGCAAAACCCAAAAAAGAUGAACCUAAAGAGGAAGAGAAAAAGAAGAAGAAAGACAAAAAAGCUAUUGAUUUGGAACCAUUCAAACCAUCUGACUUUGAUAAAGAAGAACCAGAAAUAAUUAGCCCUGAAAAAUUUGACUAUGAGAAACCUGAUAAAGAAAAGCCAGAAGAAGUCAAAUUGAAAAAACCAAAGGUUAAAAAGCCAAAGCCAGAACCUGAAACUGUUGUCAUACCACUUGUCAAAGGAGUUCCAAAGAAACCAGAACCUGAAGAAGAAAAAGAUAUCACUCUGCGUAAAAAGGUUGGAGAGCCUAAACCAGAAGAACCAGAGUCUAUAAAACUUAAGCCAUUUAAAAAGGAUAAACCCACUGAAGAAAGAGAACCCAAACCAUUAGAGGUGGAUAAACCUGUUCCUGUGUCACCAAAAGAUGAAAGUGAGGACAUUGUUCCCGAAAAAUUCUUACCAGAAGAGUCACCAGAAAAAAUUAAGAAAAUUAAGAAAACAAAGAAAGAAAAACAAAAAACAUUACCAGAAGAUGAAACUCUUGGUGAGACAGUUUUACCACAAGAGACAACUGAAAAACCUAAUGAAAUCAAAGAUGAUGUCCCAACGGUGGUUCAAGAAAAACCUGUUGAAGUUAAAGAUGCAGAAAAAGAUAAAAAGAAAAUUAUUCCAGCUGAAAAAGAUGAGCAAAGUAUCCCUGAUGAACCUAAAGAUAAAGGUAAAGAUAUACCACAAGAGGUGACAGAAAUUCCUGAGGAAAUUAAGAUCAAGAAACGAAAACCAAAGAAGCCAGUUGAAGAGGAAGUUCCUGAAGAAGUGAUACUAAAUAAAAUAGUACCAGAAAAGCCUAAAGAUGAAGAAAAACCAGAAGAAGUCACAUUGAAACCAGUCACUCCUAAAGAGACUGUAAGUGAGGUAGUUACUGAAGAAAUAACAGUCACAAAAGUUUCUCCAGAAGAGCCUAAGGAGAAGGAAGAAGUACCUGAGGAAAUUAAAAUAAAGAAACGAAAACCAAAGAAGCCAGUUGAAGAGGAAGUUCCUGAAGAAGUGAUACUAAAGAAAAUAGUACCAGAAAAGCCUAAAGAAGAAGAAAAACCAGAAGAAGUCACAUUGAAACCAGUCACUUCUAAAGAGACUGUAAGUGAGGUAGUUACUGAAGAAAUAACAGUCACAAAAGUUUCUCCAGAAGAGCCUAAGGAAAAGGAAGAAGCUCCUGAGGAAAUAAAGAUAAAGAAACGAAAACCAAAGAAGCCAGUUGAAGAGGAAGUUCCUGAAGAAGUGAUACUAAAGAAAAUAGUACCAGAAAAGCCUAAAGAUGAAGAAAAACCAGAAGAAAUCACAUUGAAACCAGUCACUCCUAAAGAGACUGUAAGUGAGGUAGUUACUGAAGAAAUAACAGUCACAAAAGUUUCUCCAGAAGAGCCUAAGGAAAAGGAAGAAGCUCCUGAAGAAAUAAAGAUAAAGAAACGAAAACCAAAGAAGCCAGUUGAAGAGGAAGUUCCUGAAGAAGUGAUACUAAAGAAAAUAGUACCAGAAAAACCUAAAGAUGAAGAAAAACCAGAAGAAAUCACAUUGAAACCAGUCACUCCUAAAGAGACAGUAAGUGAGGUAGUUACUGAAGAAAUAACAGUCACAAAAGUUUCUCCAGAAGAGCCUAAGGAGAAGGAAGAAAUACCCGAGGAAAUAAAGAUAAAGAAACGAAAACCAAAGAAGCCAGUUGAAGAGGAAGUUCCUGAAGAAGUGAUACUAAAGAAAAUAGUACCAGAAAAGCCUAAAGAUGAAGAAAAACCAGAAGAAGUCACAUUGAAACCAGUCACUCCUAAAGAGACAGUAAGUGAGGUAGUUACUGAAGAAAUAACAGUCACAAAAGUUUCUCCAGAAGAGCUUAAGGAGAAGGAAGAAGUACCUGAGGAAAUUAAAAUAAAGAAACGUAAACCUAAGAAGCCAGUUGAUGAGGAAAUUCCAGAAGAAGUGAUACUAAAGAAAAUAAUACCAGAAAAACCUAAGGAUGAAGAAAAGCCAGAAGAGGUGAUAUUGAAAAAAGUCACACCUAAAGAUAUAGUUACUGAAGAAGUAACUGAAGAGAUAACAAUUAAAAAAGUUGUACCUGAAGAGCCUAAGAAGGAAGAGGUUUCUGAGGAGGUUACAAUAAAGAAACGUAAACCUAAGAAACCGGUGGUGGAGGAAGCAGCUGAAGAAAUAACAUUAAAGAAAAUGGUUCCAGAAAAACCCAAGGAUGAAGAAAAGCCAGAAGAGGUGAUAUUGAAAAAAGUCACACCUAAAGAUAUAGUUACUGAAGAAGUAACUGAAGAGAUAACAAUUAAAAAAGUUGUACCUGAAGAGCCUAAAAAGGAAGAGGUUUCUGAGCAGGUUACAAUAAAGAAACGUAAACCUAAAAAACCGGUGGUGGAGGAAGUAGCUGAAGAAAUAACAUUAAAGAAAGUGGUGCCAGAAGAACCUAAGGAAUUAGAAGAGGAUAUUCCUGAACAGGUUACAUUGAAGAAAAUCACACCCAAAGAUACAGUUACUGAGGAAGUUUCUGAAGAGAUAACAAUCAAAAAAGUUGUACCUGAAGAGCCUAAGAAGGAAGAAGUUUCUGAGGAGGUUACAAUAAAGAAACGUAAACCUAAGAAACCAGUCGUGGAGGAAGCUGCUGAAGAAAUAACACUGAAGAAAAUAGUUCCAGAAGAACCUAAGGAAUUAGAAUAUGAUAUUCCUGAACAGGUUACAUUGAAGAAAAUUACACCCAAAGAUUCAGAAACUGAGGAAGUAUCUGAAGAGAUAACAUUAAAAAAAGUUGUACCUGAAGAGCCUAAGAAGGAAGAGGUUUCUGAGGAGGUUACAAUAAAGAAACGUAAACCUAAGAAACCAGUGGUUGAGGAAGCAGCUGAAGAAUUAACAUUAAAGAAAAUGGUUCCAGAAAAACCCAAGGAUGAAGAAAAGCCAGAAGAGGUGAUAUUGAAAAAAGUCACACCUAAAGAUAUAGUUACUGAAGAAGUAACUGAAGAGAUAACAAUUAAAAAAGUUGUACCUGAAGAGCCUAAAAAGGAAGAGGUUUCUGAGGAGGUUACAAUAAAGAAACGUAAACCUAAAAAACCGGUGGUGGAGGAAGCAGCUGAAGAAAUAACAUUAAAGAAAGUGGUGCCAGAAGAACCUAAGGAAUUAGAAGAGGAUAUUCCUGAACAGGUUACAUUGAAGAAAAUCACACCCAAAGAUACAGUUACUGAGGAAGUUUCUGAAGAGAUAACAAUCAAAAAAGUUGUACCUGAAGAGCCUAAGAAGGAAGAAGUUUCUGAGGAGGUUACAAUAAAGAAACGUAAACCUAAAAAACCAGUCGUGGAGGAAGCUGCUGAAGAAAUAACACUAAAGAAAAUAGUUCCAGAAGAACCUAAGGAAUUAGAUGAUAUUCCUGAACAGGUUACAUUGAAGAAAAUCACACCCAAAGUUACUGAAACUGAGGAAGUUACUGAAGAGAUAACAAUAAAAAAGGUUACCCCUAAAGAGCCUAAAAAGGAAGAAGUUUCUGAGGAGAUUACAAUAAAGAAACGUAAACCUAAGAAACCGGUUGUUGAGGAAGCUGCUGAAGAAAUAACAAUAAAGAAAAUUAUUCCAGUAGAACCUAAGGAAGAAGGAGAUAUUCCUGAACAGGUGACAUUGAAAAAAGUAAUACCUAAGGAGACAGUGCCUGAUGAAGUAAUUGAAGAAGUAACAUUAAAAAAGAUAGUGCCAGAAAAGCCUAAGCAGGAGGAAGAAGUUUCUGAAGAAAUAAAAAUUAAAAAACCUAAAACAAAGAAAUUUUCUAAAGAUGAGGAAGCUGAUGAAGUUACUAUACAAAAACUGGUUCCAAGUACAUUGGAUGAAGAGGAACCAAUGGAGUUUACUUUAACAAAGAGAAAAGAAAUUAAGCCUGAAGAUACCAGUAGUGAAAUCACAUUGAAGCAAAGGAAACCCCAGGAUACUACCGUUGAAGAUGUGACACAGGAAUUCACUAUUACCAAGAAGAAAGUUCCAAGGAAGGUGUCAGUUGAAGAGAUUUCAGAAGAAAUCACUUUGAAGAAAUUGAAACCAGUAAAAAAACCGGCACCUGAAGUUAAAGAGGUUACAGAUGUUGAGACUGUCACUAUUGUACCGAAAGUUACUAAAACAAAGGAAGAUAUUGAGCAAGAGUUUAAGAUACAGCUACAUACAUAUGAAGAAGAAGAUAUCACCAUGUCUGGAAAAGUACGCUUGAAGAAAGAACGUCCUAAAACUUUUGUGGAAGAAACUGGGGAAGAAACCAUAAGGAUAAUUCAAGAAAUAGAUGAUGAAGGUCCAAGUGAAGUAAUUUAUGAAGACACAGAUGAUACUGCUGAGUUUACUGGGCGUACAAGGCCAACUUACAAAGUAGAAGAGGCUGAAGAUGAGGAAACAUUUAGGUUAUCGAAACCAAAACAACCACAAGAGAAUGUUGAAGCUGACUUCCAAGUACAACUUCAUAGAAAGAAGAGUACCACAGCUCAUUCAUACACAGUAGAAGAUAUUGAAGAGGCUUUUGAACUUGGCUUGAAGAGGAAAAAACCAGUGCCCGAGGGUCAACUUUAUGAAGAAGAGUCUCUUGAGGUCAAACUGAAGCCAAAGAGGAAGCCCUCAAGUUCUCUUCACCAAGAAGAUGUUUCGCUCAGCAUCACAAAGGAGACAGAAGUAUUUGAAGAAGAUGCAAGGGAAGCGGUGAUAACUGAAGUACGUGAAGGGGAGGUGCUGUUCUCCAAGUGUUCGUACAUCGCGGAAACCGAAGGAGCCAUCAACUUGGUGGAAGGCGAAAGAGUGUAUGUUCUUGAGUGCCACAACUCGGACUGGUGGUUCGUGAAGAAGCACCUGGCCGAGGAGAGGGGCUGGGUCCCGGCCGUGCUGCUGCUGGACGAGCCCAACUACACCACCUACGUGCAGAAGAAGCUGCACGAGAAGAUCGACAAGCUGCCCGUCUUCGAAAAACCGCCUCCCGACGAGAAAGCCACGGCGCCGCGCUUCAUCGAGAAGCUGGAGCCGAAGCACGCCCCGGACGGCACGACCGUGCAGUUCGAGUGCCAGGUGGAAGGAAACCCGCGGCCGCUCAUCACGUGGUUCAAGCAGACGGCCAUCAUCCUCCCGUCGCAGGACUUCCAGAUGUACUACGAUGAAGAUAACGUCGCCACGCUGAUCAUCAGGGAGCUGUUCCCGGAGGACACAGGCCUCUACACGUGCGUCGCGAAGAACAACGCCGGUUUCGCCUCGAGCUCCACGGAACUCGUCGUGGAGGCCCCGUUGUCCGACCACGGCUCAGACGCCACCGUGCUGUCGAGGAAGAGUCUGUCACGGGAGUCGUCGCUGGCCGACAUCAUCGAGGGCAUCCCGCCCACCUUCUCGCGCAAGCCCAAGGCACUGUGCGUGGAGGAGGGCUCCGACGUGGAGCUGGAGGGCCGGCUGGUGGCGAUCCCCGAGCCCGAGAUCACCUGGUUCUCGGGCGGGGAGGAGCUCACCACGUCCGACAACGUGACGGUCGCCACCGAGUCGGACAUGCACAUGUACACGAGCGUCGUGCGCAUCAGGAAGGUGCGCAAGAGCCAGGAGGGCCACUACGAGGUCAUCGCCAAGAACAGGGAAGGGGAGGCCACCGUCCAGAUCACCCUCAAGGUGAGGACCGGCGAGAAGGAGCCCCCCGAGGUCUUGGAGCCGCUGCGGAGCGUGAUCGCGCGGGAGGGCGACGGUGUCGUGCUGAGCGCGCACAUCGUGGGGAACCCCGCCCCCAAGGUCACCUGGCUGAAGAACGGCAAGCCCCUGAAGCAGCCGACCACGCGGGAGGGCGACACGUACGUCCUGCGGCUGCCCCACAGCACGCCGGCCGACACGGCAGAGUACACGGUGCGGGCCAAGAACGACGUCGGCAGCGCCGAGACCACGGCGUCCGUCAUCGUUGAAGAGCUGAAGAACCUGGAGCCUCCACUGUUCGUGAAGAGGUUCCAGGAGGAGAAGGUCCCGGAGAAAGGCACCGUGAAGCUGGUGGCGAAGGUGACAGGCAACCCGGUGCCCGAGAUCACCUGGCUCAGGAACAACGAGCCCUUGGCGCCGAGCAGCCGGGUGAUGGAGAGCUACGACGGGGAGAACAUCGUCCUGGAGAUCCGGGGGGCCGACUCGGAGGUGGACGCAGGGGACUACAAGUGCGUGGCCAGCAACCCCGUCGGCAAGGCGUCGCACGGGGCCAAGGUGACGGUGGACGUCGAGAAAGUGACCUUCACGAGGAAGCUGGAGCCGAUAGUGGAGGUGGACGAGAACUGCCCCGCGAGCCUGGAGUGCGAGACCUCGCACACGGUGUCCACGCGGUGGUUCCACGACGGCCGGGAGCUGAGCGGCAUGGACCACCGCAUUGUGAUCCAGGAGGGACGCACCCACCGCGUCGUCAUCAAGAGGACGACCCCCAAGGACGCGGGCACCUACGAGUGCACCGUCAAGAACCAGUCCACGCAGGCAACACUCACAGUUCACGAAGGUAAACCGGAGUUUGUCCGCAAGCUGCAAGACUCUGAAGUCAAGGAGCGUGAGGUCGCAAUCCUGGAAGUGGAAGUGACAUCGGAAACUGCGAAUGUGACUUGGCACAAGGACGGAGAGCAGCUGAAAGAAGACGGUGACAAGGUGGUGUUUGAGAAUCAAGGCAGCGUGAGGAAGCUGCUCAUUCGUGGGAUCUCUGUGCACGACGAGGGAGAGUACACGUGUGCUCUGGAGGACCAGGAGUGCACGGCCGAAGUCACCGUAGUCGAGUUGCCGCCUGAAAUCAUCACCAAGCUGGAGGACGUGACCAUCGCGAAGGGGGAGAACGCAACGUUCGAGAUAGAGCUGACGAAGGGCGACGCCCUGGUGCGCUGGUUCAAGGACGGCAAGGACCUCCAGUUCAGCGAGCACGUCCAGCUGUCCAUCGACGGCAAGCGGCAGACUCUCAGGAUCUGCGGCUCGGAGCUGGGCGACUCCGGGGUGUACUCGUGCCAGGUGGGCGACCAGACUUCGAAGGCGAAGCUCACCGUCGAAGAGCCAGUUGUUGAAUUCAUCUCGAGGUUACCAGAUGUCACAUUGGUGCCACUGCUUGCUGAUGUGAUAUUUACAGUUGAGCUUUCAAGGCCUAAUGUGGAGGUGAAAUGGCUAAAGCACGGGAAGGUCCUGAAGCCCUCGGACAGGCACGUCGUCAGCUCGGACGGCGCGGUGAGGAAGCUGCUCAUCAGGAGGGCAACCCUCGAGGACCAGACGGACUACUCCUGCGUCGCGGGCAACAUCAAGAGCAGCACCGUGUUGAAAGUGGAAAUUAUUGAAACGGCUCCCAAGAUAAACAUUGACAGUCUGAAGAAAGUGUACAAGGUGAAGAAGGGAGAGGAUGUGACAGUUGAGGUGAAAUUCACUGCUACUCCUCCGCCCAAGGACGAGUGGACCGUCAAUGGAACCGUUGUGAAGAAAUCCAAGAAGGUUACGCCGACUUUGGGUGAGGACAAGGCCAGUUUGACAAUAAAAAAAAUUGAAGAAUCAGACAUUGGUAGCUACACGCUGCGUUUGUCAAACAACUGCGGGGAAUGCUCAGCAGAACUUACGCUUAUUCUCAUGGAGGUGCCGUCGCAGCCGGGGACCCCGGAGGUAAUCGAUGUGACGGACACCACCAUAACCCUGCACUGGAAGGCCCCGGAGUCCGAAGGGAACUCCCCCAUCACCAACUACCUCGUCGAGUACCACGACCGGGACGACUUCACGUGGAUAAAGGCCAACGAGACGUACGCGGUCGUGGAGACGACGCACAAGGUGACCAGGCUGGAGCACAACGGGGAGUACAUGUUCCGGGUGACGGCGGUGAACGAGGUGGGGCCAAGCCCCCCGUCGCACAACACGCGCUACAUCAAGGUCGCGGCCCCCGUCGGCCACGAGCCCCCCACCAUCCAGGAGCCCCUCAAGGGCGCGGUGGCCGGCCUGGGGCAGACCGUCACCUUGUCGUGCGUCAUCGGCGGUGUGCCGCAGCCGGAGAUCAAGUGGUUGAGAGAUGGCAAAGUGUUUAAGAGCAAGCACACAACGUACGAGAAUCGUGUUGCCAAGUACGUGAUCACGGAAACAACCGAGACAUCUGGAGCUACCUACGCGUGCCAAGCUAAAAAUGAUGCCGGCUUUGCCGAAACUUCUUGUCUCGUUAAAAUUCAAGAACCUCCCAAGUUUGAAGUCGAUGAAAGUCUUUCAACGCAGAAAUUGAGGGUUACAAAUCAAUGGAAGGUGGAGGUCAAGUUCAGCGGUUUCCCGAAGCCUGAAAUCAGCUGGUUGAAGAACGGCGUGCCACUGACAUCCAGUAAACACUGCUCUGUCUUCAUCGAUGAAACCUCGUCGACAAUAGCGAUAUAUUCCCUGGAGAAGGUGGAUUCUGGCACGUACACGAUCAAAGGGGUGAACGAAGCUGGAUCGGCUGUGUACAACUUCAGCCUUCGUGUGAUUGAUGACUCAGAACGUCGCAGGAAAUCAACAUCUCCAACAGAUGAAGUGAUUGACAAACCCAGCAAGCCUGAAGGGCCACUCAUCGUCAAGGAUAUCCGCAGUGAAUCUGUAACCAUUGAAUGGAAACCUCCAGCGGAUGAUGGUGGAUUGGAGCUCUCCAAAUACUCGGUUGAGAAAUGUGAUGUGGAGAAAAUGGUGUGGAUGAAGGUGGCGGACGUGGAGAAGGAUGUCUCGUCGUACUGCGUGCAGAAGCUGCGCGAGGACUCGGAGUACAUGUUCCGGGUGACGGCGGAGAACCCGGUGGGGGUGUCGGAGGCGCUGGAGAGCGACACGGUGACCAUCAGGAGCCACUACGACAAGCCGUCGCCACCGCGCGGACCGCUGGGCGUGUCGGGCAUGACCCCGACAUCGUUCUGCGUCUCGUGGCAUCCGCCAGAGUCCGACGGGGGCUCCCCGGUCGUGGAGUACGUCGUGGAGCGGCGGGAGGUCGGCAAGAAGGCCUGGCAGAAGGUCGGGUCGACGUCGUCCCAGCGCCUGCAGAUGGAGGUCACGGGUCUCAAGACCAACGUGUCGUACCACAUACGCGUGACGGCGAGGAACGAGAUCGGCUGCAGCCCUCCGUUCGCGCCAGAAGACCCCAUCACUGCUGGCAAGAGGAUAAGUGCGCCAUCGCCACCGACCAACUUCACCAUAAUCGACAUCACCAGCAAGAGCGUUACGCUGCAGUGGGGUCCGCCGUCCAGCACAGGAGGAACAGAGCUCACAGGCUACAUCAUUGAGAAGAGACAGUCGUCCUCGGACAAGUGGACCAAGGUCGCGACGCUGGAGCCGUCUGUGACGCAGUACUGCGUGGCGAACCUGAAAGAGAAGUCGGAGUGGUUCUUCCAAGCGCUCGCCGAGAACUCCAUCGGGCUGAGCCCGCCCGCGUGCACGGACCUCAUCAGUUUGAAAACGCACGCAACCCCUCCCUCCCCACCCACGGCUCCCCUCGAGAUCAGGAGCGUGGGCCACAACGCCGUCGUCAUCGAGUGGGGGAUCCCGGAGUCGGACGGCGGCUCGCCUCUCGAAGGGUACACCAUCGCCAUGCGCGACGUCAAGAAGACCAUGUGGAUGGAGGUCGGCCGCGUGAAGGCCGGCGUGCAGAAGCUCACGAUCAAGGAUCUGCAGGAGAACCACGACUACCUAAUACGCAUUUACGCUCGAAAUGAGGUUGGUUCAAGCGACCCUCUGGAAUCAGAGGAACCAUUCACCGUCCUUCGAGCAACUGAGAUGGAGCUGGUGGAGAUGGAUAAGCUGGACACGACGGCCCCGACGCUGAGCUUCAGCACGGAGACGACCACGUCGUGGAUGCGCGAGGCGAACAUGGACGCCGACAUCCGCUCCUACGCGCGGGGCUGCCUGCUGAGGCGCGACGAGUACUUCUUCCGCAUCUGGUACUACGCGCGCCAACUCUUCAAGUAAUCUGCGAAGAAAAAAAUUUCCACUCUAGUCAGUUUUUUUUAUCAACGAAAUUAAAUGUAAAAAAAAUGAAACUUACGGGAUAUAGAUAGGUUAUAUUUAUUUUGUUACACUUUUUUUUUAUGAAAUGUAUAUAUUCAAAGUUUAAUUUACAUAUUCUUUGAAUGGUAUAUGACAUUAGCUGAUGUAAUUUGUACGUAUACUUUCGUGGAAUUUUGGUACGUAACGUGUAUUACUUUUUGUUGAAGCACGGGCUCUAUGCAGCCUCUACAAGGAAUAGUUUUUUUGUUACGCUGUGUAGAAUAAUACACACAAUGUAUACUUUUCGAGACACUUUGGAUAUUAACUGGGAACAAUAUGUUGUAUCCAAUUUGUAUCUGUUGUACGUUUGAGGUCUUGUUGCCACCCAAAGUAUUUUGCUACCUCUAAUUUUAAGAUCCUAAAAAACCCCUGUGCAAGGCAAAGCUACGAGGCAACGAGUACUUAAGUGGGAACAAAACCUUAAUUGAAUGGAGAU